AUGAUCAGUGUUCUAACGAGAGAAAUCGAAACCUUAAACAAGUUAGUUUUGACCUUAAUUGAUAACAAUGGCCUUCUGAAUGCCCGAAUUAGAGAUUUGGAGUUAAAAAAUCGAGAACUAGUGGCUGAAAUUGGGUAUUUGAAGGCUAAUCCAAGCAUAAACAAUACAUCGUCUCCUCUCCCUGCCCCGCAGUUCCCAAUGUUUUUACAACAGACAGAGACAGAGAAGACAGCAAAAGCUGCAACUGCUGAUUUUGGACAUGAAGUGUCGACCGUUGUGGCGACUUGGCUGAAAAACAAAGAUGGAAAAGAAGACCGUAGGAAGCAUAACCUCAAAAGUUCGUCCAAUGUAAACAUAAAUACUCAGGCUAAAAAUAAAAAUAAUCUUAUAAGCAAUAGCCAAGUUCAAAAAGCGAUUAAUGAGGCAGUGAUUCAAACUAUUUUGCCAAAAUACUCGGAAGCACGUCUACAAGCGAAAAUGAAGAUAAUUCUUCCGCUAGUCGUUUGGACGUGGCUGCACUUCAUAACAACAACGACUGGUCAAUCCUUUGGCGGGAUUGGCUUUGGUAUAAAGCGCGAAAUUUUUUUUCUAAACCUCGAGGACGGAUACUUUGGCUGUCAAGUGAACGAAUCGACGGACGUUCUACAGCUAUUCGAAUUGUCGAAACUCUGUGACGGAACGCCGAACUGCUAUCUAGGCUCCGACGAAUUAGCCAAAGAACUCAAAUGUACAAACGACUGUCAAAAAGAUGACGGUACAGAAUGUCAGAACGGAGCGUGUCUUGACAAUCAAUGUUACUGUAAUGACGGUUAUGGAGGAUGUAGCUGUGAAGUUCCUGACGAGAACGAGUGCAAAUACCGACCCUGCGACGUAUUUGCUCAUUGUACUAACACGCUUGGAAGCUUCUCAUGCACCUGCUUUCCCGGAUAUCAUGGAGACGGUUUUCAUUGUGAAGACAUCGACGAAUGCGCCGAUCCCGCGAUAGCCUCCAGGUGCGUGGAAAAUGCAGAAUGCUGCAAUUUGCCUGCGCAUUUCCUGUGCAAAUGCAAACCCGGCUUUCAGGGAGAUGGUGAGGUUCAAUGUCUGGAUAUCGACGAAUGUCAACAACCAAACGCCUGCGGUCAAGAUGCCCACUGUCAAAAUACUCCAGGAAAUUACACAUGUUUAUGUCCGGAAGGCUUCUACGGCAGCCCAUUCGACGGGUGCGUUGACGUAGACGAAUGCGAACAACUCGGAGCUUGCGGACCUGGAGCGACCUGCACCAAUCUAGUCGGUGGUAGACAAUGUCAUUGUCCACCAGGUUAUGAAGGAGACCCAUAUACAACUGGCUGCAUAGAUUCCAACGAAUGUGCCAGAAGUCCGUGCGGUAGAAACGCACUCUGCUCAAACAUGGAUGGCAGCUUCAAAUGCGCCUGCCCUACAGGAUUUAUUGGUGACCCGAUGUUCGAAUGCUCAGAUGUAAAUGAAUGUGAACCGAGUCCUUGCGGAGAAAACGCUGUUUGUAAAGAUACAGUAGGAAGCUAUAUCUGUACCUGCAAGGAAGACUUUACCGGAGAUCCGUUGAAAGGUUGUACGGAUAUUGACGAAUGCACCACUUUGGAUAAACCUUGUGGAACCCACGCAAUAUGCGAAAAUGCCGUGCCUGGCUAUAAUUGUAUUUGUCCUCAAGGAUAUCAGGCUAAACCAAACCCGGAAGUUGCUUGUGAACAAGUUGACGUCAACAUUCUGUGCCAAUCAAACUUCGAUUGUACAAAUAACGCCGAAUGCAUAGAAAACCAAUGUUUCUGCCAAAAAGGCUUCACACCAAAAGGUUCGGUUUGCAUAGACACAAAUGAAUGCGAAAAUGCAACCAGCCCCUGUGGUCCUUACUCCAAAUGCCUUAACACAGUUGGAAGUUUUCAAUGUGAAUGCGAAGAUGGAUAUGUGGGUGCCCCACCAAUGAUUCAGUGCAAAGCACCAUGCGAAGAUGUGAAAUGUGGCAAUCAUGCUUAUUGUAAACCAGACGGAGACGAGGCAUAUUGUAUCUGUGAAGAUGGGUGGACGUUUAACCCUAGUGAUAUUUCUCUUGGCUGCAUCGAUAUCAACGAAUGCGACAAAUCUAAUGGUCCUAGUGGUCGUUGUGGAAGCAACGCGCUUUGUUCAAAUCUUCCUGGAACUUUCGCUUGCCAAUGCCAACCAGGCUUUACUGGAAACCCUAAUAAACAAUGUACCGAUAUCGACGAAUGCAAGCUUCCGAAUAUUUGCGGCGUUGGUGCCAUAUGUGACAAUCAUCCAGGAGGAUACGCAUGCGAAUGUCCUGAGGGAACUGUGCCAGAUCCCGAUGCCAAAACUAAAUGUAAUGAAAUUGUAACCUGCCAUGUUGAUUCUGAUUGUCCUGGAAAUGCGCUUUGCGAUAAUAAAAAACGUUGUCUUUGUCCAGAACCAAAUAUUGGAAAUGAUUGUAGACAUCCAUGUGAAACAAUCAACUGUGCUCCAAACGAAGAAUGCAUGCUUGUUAACCACCUAGCAACUUGCAUUUGUAGUUCUGGCUAUACCAAUUCCUCUCAAGGAUGUGCAGACAUUGAUGAGUGUGUCAAAAAUCCCUGUCAAGCCGGAGCUAUUUGUAAGAAUGAGCCAGGAACCUUUUCUUGUCAAUGUCCUGGAGGAACUUCUGGUGAUCCUUAUCGGAGUGGCUGCAGUCGCAUAGCUCCAAUAUCUUCAGGAUGUUCUAACGCUAAUCCAUGUCCAGCCGGAGAACAGUGCAUCUUAGACGAAUUUACCAGUGAAAGUGUGUGUAUUUGUGUUAAUGGCUACGUUAGAGACUCUGCUACAAGCAAGUGUAGAGAUAACGAUGAAUGCAGUGAGCUUAGAGACAAACCUGCAUGUGGCUUGAAUGCAAUUUGCAAAAAUUUACCUGGAAGUUACGAUUGUCAAUGUCCUACAGGCUUCAAUGGAAAUCCCUUUUUAGAAUGUCUCGAAUGUAACAGUCCAGAUUGUCGAUGUCAACCACCAUAUGAGCUUAAAGAUGGAAACUGUGUAUUGGCAAGCUGCGGUACAGAUAAUACCUGCCCGAAUGGUGCCGAAUGCAUAACAAUAACUGGAGGUGUUAGUUAUUGUGCAUGUCCGAAAGGUUUCAAGCCAUCGUUAGAUGGAACAUGUGAAGAUAUCAAUGAAUGCAUGGAGCAACAACAAACUUGUGGCUAUGGAGCGCAAUGUAUUAACAAACAAGGUGCAUUCGAAUGUCAUUGCCCAGAAGGCUAUAGUGGAGACCCUUAUAACGGCCUAUGCUCACCAGCUCAGAAAAAAUGUAUCAGUGAUAAAGAAUGUCCAGAAAAUGAACGUUGCGUACAACCAGGCGAAUGUGUUUGCCCUCCACCAUACUUCACCGAUAUUGCCGAUGAUAACAGAUGCAAAAGCCCUUGCGAACGUUUCCCGUGUGGCAUUAACGCAAACUGUACCCCAAGUGAUCCACCAAAAUGCGCUUGCAAACCUGGCUACGAAGGUGACCCACUUGUAGGCUGCACGGAUAUCGACGAAUGCAAGGAAGAACCUUGUGCUUAUGGCGCCCACUGCUUGAAUCUUCCAGAGGGAUACAAAUGCAUUUGUCCUAGAGGCAUGACCGGUGAUGCAUACAAAGGCGGAUGCAUUCUUGAUACUCCCGGAACUGUCAAAUCGGAAUGCCAAUCGAAUAAAGACUGUGUUAAGAUUCUUACGUGUCAGGACGGAACGUGUAUUAGUCCGUGUGCAACUGUUUUAUGUGGAUCCAAUGCAAGAUGUAAAGCCGAUAAUCAUAAGGCGAUCUGCGAAUGUAAUGCAGGAUUUACUAAAAAUGGAAAAGGAAAAUGUGUAUCACCGUGUGAACAUUUUGCAUGUGCACCUGGAGCCCAAUGCCUACUUACAUACAAUGGACCAACUUGUAGAUGCGUAGAAGGUUUAAUGGGAAAUCCAUUCCCAGGAGGCUCUUGCACUACUGACAUUUGCUCAUCCACCCAUCCAUGUGAAGAAAAUAAAGUUUGCAUUAGUGGACGAUGUAAACAACGUUGCCAAGGCAUUAUUUGCGGCGUUGGCGCUCACUGUGCUAAAAACAGCAACAAAUGUGUAUGCGAUCAUAAUUUAGUAGGAAAUGCUGAUGUCAUUUGUAUGCCUCCCAAAACCGGUCCUGUUUGCGAUCCUAAAUGUGGCAAGAAUAGUCAUUGUGAAUACGGCCUUAUCACCAACCAAUGCGUCUGCAAUACCGGAACAAUUGGUAACCCGUACGAAAGUUGUUCUACAACAAAAAUCGAAGACCGGAAAGGUUGCUCUUCAUCAGCUUGCGGCCUGAAUGCUGAUUGCCUUGAAAGUUUCAACGGCAUCGAAUGUGCUUGCAAGCAUGGAUUCACUGGAAAUGCUUAUAUUGAAUGUAAAGAUAUUGAUGAGUGUGCCAACAAUGUUUGUGGUAACAGCGCUGUAUGUAUCAACACUAUUGGAAGCUAUGAUUGUAGAUGUAAAGAAGGUUAUGCCGGAAAUCCUUUCGUUAUGUGCACUCAGGUACAAGGGGGAAUAUGUAGAGACGCAGAAAACUGCCAGUGCAACGAUAACUUGCUAUGUCCAGAUGGUUAUUCUUGCAAAAGAGGACAAUGUAGAGAUUUGUGCGAUUCGGUUCGCUGUGGACCCAAAGCAUCUUGUAACAAUGGCAAAUGUCUUUGUCCUCCAGGCUAUAUAGGCAAUCCAAAAGACUUAAGAAAAGGCUGCACAAUCCAAAGUCAAUGCACAAGUGAUACGGAUUGUACUAAUUCAGAAAUUUGUUUCCAACUGGGCAAAGGGCAACGAAAAUGUGUGGACGCUUGUAGCAAAGCUCAGUGUGGACCAAAUGCACUAUGUGUUUCAUCAAAACAUAGAACAUCUUGUAUAUGCAGUCCAGGUUACAAAGGCAACCCUGGAGAUUUGGAUAGUGGCUGUCAAAUUGAAGAAAGAGUAAAUCCCAGGGAAUGUGUGCUGGAUAGUGACUGUAAGUUUGGAACUAUUUGCGGAAUAGACAAAAAAGGAACUCAAAAAUGCAUAAGUCCUUGCGAAGCAGUUGCUUGUGGCGCAUAUGAAACUUGUAAAAUCGAUGUCGCCGGUCAUCCAACCUGCGCCUGUAAAGACGAAUAUUUAUGGAACCCUGUUACGUCAAAAUGCGAAAAACCUUCAGUUCCCGAAUGCAAACAUGAUACCGAUUGUGAACCAAUUGCUUCCUGCCAGCCUGACGCACUUGGAAUACUCAAAUGCGUUUCGAUUUGUGCUCAAUAUACAUGUCCCAAUAGCUCAGCUUGUGUUGCCGAAGCCCAUAAAGGCCAAUGUCAUUGUUUAGAUGGUUAUACAGGAAAUCCCAACGAUAGAAACGGAUGUCAACUCAUCAAACAAGAUAUUUGCACUGCCGAUUCUCAUUGCUCAGAACAAGAUACUUGUAGGUUCAAUCCAAAAGAAAAUAGAAAAAUGUGCCUUUCCGCUUGUGAGCUAGUAAAUUGUGGACCAAAUGCGAUAUGCGUAGUUAAUAAUCAUGUUCCAAAAUGCCAAUGUCCCCCAGGAUCAUUUAUUGGGGACCCUAAUAAUCUAACUACAGGCUGUGAAGCAGUUCCAUGCGUAUAUAACAUUGAUUGUCCGCCAACUCAAUUAUGCAACCGCUUAACGCAUGCAUGCCAUGAUGUUUGCGAUGACGAAUCUUGUGGAACAAAUGCAGUAUGUAUUGCAGAAGAUCAUAAAGCUACUUGUCAAUGUCCUCCAGGAUAUAGUGCAAACCCAUUGCCGGAAGUAGAAUGCGUUCUGGUUGACUCUUGUAAAUCAAAUCCAUGCCAUAGUACUGCUUUGUGCCAACCUAAUAAUAGAGGAUACAAUUGUGUUUGUCCGAAGGAUACUAUUGGUGAUCCAUUUGUUUCCGGAUGCAGACAAAAAGGCAGCUGCCCUAAUGGUGAUAAAAAUUGUUCUGAAAAUACUAUCUGUUAUCAAGGAGAAUGUAUUAACCCUUGCAGUCAAAAAUCAUGUGGCCUUAAUGCUGUGUGUAAUGUCGUGAAUAGAAAAGCAGUUUGUAGCUGCCCAACAGGCUAUAAAGUAUCGGAAACAGAUGGUUGCCUUAGACUUAUAACAACCUGCAGCUCAGAUGCUGAAUGCGUCAAUGAAGUAUGCGACAAAGGUCAAUGCAGACCAGUGUGCAGAAACAACAAAGACUGUCUCAAAGGUGAAACAUGUUUAGCUAAAAAAUGCGCUAUACAAUGUGCGGAUCAUAGUCAAUGUGACAGCAACCAAGCUUGUCAAGAAGGAGUUUGUAAAAUCGGUUGCAGAAGCAACAAAAAUUGUCCUAGUGAACAAGCUUGUGUUAACAAUCAAUGUCUAAAUCCAUGUGACAAUAAAGACGCUUGCGGUCCCAAUGCUUUAUGCUCCUGCAAAGAUCACAGAACGACCUGUGAAUGUAUUAAAGGCUUCGUUGGUAAUCCAAGUCCUGAGCAAGGUUGUAUUAGAGUUCCAAUCAUAUGCGAUGAUAAACAUAGAUGUCCAGCUAAUCAUGUUUGCUUUAAUGAACAAUGUACUUUCAAGUGUCAAGGAAAUGGCGAUUGCGCAAUAGGAGAGAGAUGCACCAAUAAAGGCUGUCUAAAAGUAUGUUUUGGAGACAGUAACUGUUUAAGUGGGGAAAUUUGCAGAGAGGAAGUAUGUCAGCCGGGCUGUGCACGUGAUAGCGACUGUAAACAAUCUCAGGCUUGCAUUAAAGGCACAUGCAAAUGUAGUACCGGAUUUAUAGGGACUCCUCAGGGCUGUGUGGAUAUUAAUGAGUGUGAAGCAACUCCGUGUCACCAUAGCGCUAUUUGUAAAAACGAUCUUGGUUCGUACAAAUGCGUAUGUCCAGAUGGCAUGGUUGGUGAUCCCUACACAAGCACUGGCUGCUCUGGCCCAGGGCAAUGUAGAUCUGAUAAAAAUUGUCCAGAUAACUUAAUAUGUAGACGCAAUAAAUGUCAAGAUCCAUGCGAUAAGUGCGGCAAGAAUGCUUUGUGCGCCGUCAGUAAACAUCAACUAGCUUGCGCUUGUCCUCCUGGCCAUUUGGGAAAUCCUUUCGAUAAGAAUUUGGGUUGCUUCAGAGUAGAGUGUAUUGAAAAUGAUGAUUGUCCCGUUGAUAGAUUUUGUAAUGCGCAUUCCAAUAAGUGUCUUGAUCCUUGUGGCUUUGUAGACUGCGGUAAGGGCUCAUGCUUAUCAGAAAACCACGAUGCUGUGUGCCUAUGCUCUGAUGGCUAUAGAUUGGUUGAUGAAAAAUGUGUUAAUAUCAAUGAAUGUGGGGAAAGUAAUCCAUGUCAUCCAACAGCAGAAUGUAUCGAUAGCGAUGGGGGAUUCUCCUGCAUCUGUAGCGAAGGUUUAGUCGGAGAUCCUAUAACAACUGGUUGCCGAAAACCAGGAGAUUGUUUAACAGAUUCAGACUGUCCUUCUUCAGCUUACUGCGACAACGAAAUUUGCAAAAGCCCCUGCGAACAACCCAAUGUGUGUGGAGCAAACGCCAAAUGUGUACCAGUAGCCCACAAGGCUACUUGCCGAUGCCCAGAAAAAACUCGUGAAGAUGCUGAACACAACUGCAUUCCCAUCGAAUGUAGUGACAAUAACGAUUGCGCUAGUGACAAGAUUUGUGUCGAGUCUUUAUGUAAAAACCCUUGUUCGCUAUCAAAUGUAUGCGGUAAAAAUGCUGAUUGUUCCGCGACGAAUCAUCUGGCCGUUUGCUCUUGUCAAGCUGGAAGCACUGGAGAUCCUCAUCUAGGCUGUAUAGCAGUUCAAUAUUGCGCUAACAACAAACAAUGCCCACAGGGAUUGAAUUGUUACAAUGGGAUUUGUACCUCUCUAUGCGGAAGCUCACGUGACUGUAUAAGUGACCAGCUAUGUAUCCAAGGUUAUUGCCAACCGACAUGUAAAUCAAAUUCAUCUUGUCCGGAAUUUCAAUUUUGUCAAGACAGUAUUUGCCAGCAAGAAGUGAGAUGUAGAGCAAAUAACGAUUGCGAGGCUACAGAAAAAUGUUUAUCCAACGCCAUUGGUCAGCCAGAAUGCAUUGAUGCUUGUGAAAGUGUUAUCUGCGGAAGAAAUGCUGAAUGUCAGUCAAAAAAACAUGUGGCCAGAUGUGUUUGUAAAGCUGGAUUCAAAGGAAACCCUAAUAACGAGAAAACUGGUUGCCAAAAAGUUGAAUGUGAAAAAAAUACUGAAUGCUCUACUGAUAAACUUUGCGAUCAAAAUAUGUGUAAAAUAGCUUGCUUGGUACACAAUCCGUGUGGUAAAAACACAUUGUGCUCAGCAGAAGAACAUCAGCAAGUUUGCUACUGUCAACCAGGAUACACUGGCGACCCUUAUAGAGGCUGUACGAUUAUAGAUUUUUGCGUAGACGAACCAUGCGGUCCUAAAGCCUUGUGCACAAACUCCAGAGGUUCUUUCAAAUGUCAUUGCCCGCAAGGUCUCAUUGGAGAUCCAUAUAAUGACGGCUGUAGGCCAGCUCUAGAAUGUGUCGCAGACCGAGACUGCCCGGCUGUAGCCGCAUGCAACAAAAAAUAUCACAGAUGCGAGAGCAUAUGCGAUACAACUUUAUGUGGAACAAAUGCCGAAUGUAUUGCCGUUGAACAUGUUGGACAUUGCAGCUGUAGAAAUGGCUAUGAAGGCAAUGCAGCUGAUCUGAGCAGAGGUUGUAGACCUAAGUUGGUGAACUGUAAAACCACUCAUGAUUGCCCGGCAAAUACUUACUGUUAUGGAAAUUUAUGCAGUCCUGCAUGCAAAAAUAACGACGAAUGUCAACAGUCAGAACAAUGCUUACAAGGGCAAUGCCUUAAUCCAUGCCUGUUACCAAAGGCAUGUGGAAUUAACGCAUUGUGUGAAGUCUCAAGUCACGAGAAAGUAUGCAAAUGUCCAGAGAAAUUCACUGGGGACCAGGAUGUCGAAUGUUUAAGAUUGCCCGCAGCCUGUUCUUCGAACUACGAUUGUAGCUUGAACUCGACCUGCAAAGAAAACAUCUGCUUGCCUCAAUGUAAAUCCGAUCUAGAAUGUGCAUUCAACGAAAAAUGUUUACAAGGCAACUGUAUGCUCACUUGUCGCGUAGAUAACGACUGUUUCCUCGGCCAUAUUUGCCUCAAAAACAAAUGCAUCUUCGGCUGUCAUGUAGAUGAAGAUUGUGGAAGCAGUGAAUCUUGUAUCAGUAACAAAUGCGCUAACCCGUGCUUGCAGAAUACUUGUGGUCCCAAUGCGCAGUGUUCAGUAUCCAAUCAUAGAGCUGUAUGUUCUUGCAGUGAAGGCCUUGUGCCAAAUCCCACAGCCAAUAUCGCUUGUGUUCGUACUCCUGCGGAACCUUGCGGCCAAAACUCUGACUGUUCAAAUAAUUAUAUUUGUAAAGAUGAUUUCUGCAGAGUUAUUUGUUCGGCCGACACCGGAUGUCUCAAUAAUGAGCGUUGUGAAAAUGGAGUUUGCAAACCCAUUUGUAGAAAAGACGAUGAUUGUCGCAAUGGUGAAGUUUGUGAAGGAAUCAAAUGCGUCAUAGGAUGUAGAACCAAUUCUGGAUGUCCAUCGAACAAAUCAUGUAUCAACAAUAAAUGUAUCGACCCGUGCGCUUCCCCAACAUCUUGUGGCACGAACGCUAAAUGUACUGUAAUAGAUCACAGAAAAGUAUGUGAUUGUCCGCAGCAAUUAAGAGGCAAUCCAUAUGAAUUCUGUAAACGAGCACUGGUUUCUUGUAAUGACAAACAUGAUUGUGGUCCAGAUCAUAAUUGUGUUGAAGGCAUUUGUGAAAGUGCUUGCAAAAUUGAUCAAAAUUGUUUGGAAAAUGAAAGGUGCAUUCGAGGUACUUGCCAAACUGUUUGUAACACGGAUGGUUUUUGUGCCCAGAACCAAAUUUGUGAAAAUCGAUUAUGUAUUAUUGGUUGCAGAAAUGACUCAGUUUGCACUCAAAAUCAAGCCUGUAUUAAUAGCAAAUGUCAAAAUCCUUGUGAAAGUUCUGCAACUUGUGGAGUCUGCGCUGAAUGCACGGUACAAAAUCACUUAGCCCAAUGUAGUUGUCCGAGCAACUUUCUAGGAGAUCCACUAGUUUCUUGCAUUCAAGCUGCCACAAAAUGUAACGAUCACUGCGAAUGCGAUGGCGCAGGAUAUUGCACCAAAAAAUGCCAAACCGCUACUGAUUGUUCUUGCGGUGAAACUUGCGUCACUGGAAAAUGCAGAAAUACUUGUUCAGCUCAGUUGGGUUGUGCUCAAGGCCAAAUUUGCUCUAACGGAGCGUGCAUUCCUGGUUGCAGAGUUGACAAUGAUUGUGCAACCUCGGAAUCUUGCAAAAAAGGAAAAUGUGUCAAUUUGUGUAAGCAACCGUUCGCUUGUGGCAAAAACGCCCUAUGUAGAGUGUCCGACCAUAGAAAAGUUUGCUUGUGCCCUGGAGGGUAUCAAGGAGAUCCCAAUUUACUAUGCUCCCCAUAUCAAUGCAAACAAGACGAUCAGUGCGAGCCGAACAAAAAAUGCGGUAGCGAUGGUGUAUGUAUUAAUCCUUGUUUGGAACAAGGAGCGUGCGGCAUCAACGCUCAAUGCAAAAUGCAAGACAGGCAACUAUUUUGCUCUUGCCCUCCAGGUUACGUGGGCAACGCUGCUGUAGAAUGCAAACAAGAAGGUACUCAAGCUUGCCUCAAAAACCCUUGCGGUCACAAUUCGAAAUGUAAAGAUUUGGCAGAUGAGACGUUUGAAUGUACUUGCAUCCCAGGUUGUGUAGGAGAUGCUUAUCGAGGAUGCGAUUGCGAUACAAAGACAGUCAGCUUAUGCAAAAAUACUUUGUGUGGCGUAGGAGCAAUAUGUAGGGUACUUGGGGGCAAGCCUCAGUGCGUUUGUCCAUCUAAUAAACCCGCUGGAGAUCCAACAAUUGAGUGUUCUCAAGACCGCAGCGCUCUAGAUUGCAGAACUGAGGGAUGUGGUAAGGAAGCAGAAUGCAUAAGAGAACAGGCAUUCUUUGUAUGCCGUUGUAAACCCGGUUAUUCUGGUGAACCAGAGAAAGAGUGCCGGAAGGCUGCCGAAUGUAACAAUGACCUAGACUGCUCCGACCAGAAAGCUUGCAUCAACUUCCAGUGCGUAAAUCCUUGUAGUUUAAAAGGGGCGUGCGGAGAGAACGCCCUGUGUAAAACCAUUCAACACCGACCCCGAUGCUCUUGUCCCGAAUGCUACAUUGGUACUGCAAAUACCGUGUGUCAUCCUGAUCCCAACUGUUUAAAAACGCAACCGAGACCUGCUGGACAAAUAGUUUGUUUUGCUGAUUCAGAUUGCGAUACAAAAUUGGCAUGUAAUAGUGAUAGUGGAAAAUGCUACGAUCCUUGCCAAAGUAAUGCAAUUAAAUGCAGAGAUAAUAAAAGAUGUGAAGUGCAUUAUCACAAACCAACAUGCGUUUGCAAGAAUGGUUUUAUGGUAAAUGAGAGAGGGGAAAUAUCUUGCGCGCCUGAACGAUCAGAAUGCACCAAUGACGAGCAAUGUCCCAAUAAUAAAGCAUGCAUAGACCGCUUAUGUCAAAACCCUUGCACUGUAACAUUCGAAUCCCCUUGUCCUGCGGAUAAAGGCUGUGACGUCCUAAACCAUAAACCAACCUGCAUUUGCUUAAAGAAUUGCAGCCCUUCCCUCUCAAUAUGCCUAAGGGACCAGGGAUGUCCCAUAGAUCAAGCAUGUAGAGCAUUUAGAUGCGAAGAUCCAUGCAAAACAGCAAACUGUCCAGAAAAUACUCCAUGCAGAGUCGAAGAUCAUAAACCUUUAUGCGACUAUUGUCCCCCAGGAUAUAAACAAGAUCCGAAAUAUGGAUGCUUCAAAGAUGUCCAAUGCCGAUCACAUUCCAACUGCGCAGCAGAACAGGCAUGUAUAAACAGAAAAUGUCAAAAUCCUUGUCUAGUGUCCAACCCAUGCACAAAUUCACAAGACUGUCAGGUUCAAGAUCAUCAACCGGUCUGUGUUAAAGUUUGCCAAUGUCAAGAGGAUCAUGAUUGUGCUCAUCUUGGACAAUGGUGCGAUGGAUGUAAUUGUGUUGUCGAAGGUCGAAAUCCACUAUGCUCGCACUGCCCACCAGGAGUACCCUGUAAUCCGCUAACCAAAGCCUGUCAAAAUGAUAUGGUUACAACACCAGAAACACUAACCGAAACACAAUCUGUGACCUCUUCUCAAAUAACAAACGCUAGUUCUGCUACCACUCUAACAAAUAAAAAGGAAUUUAUAACGGAAUUUGAGCAAACUACACGUAUUUUUGACGAGUUUACUACGGGCGAGGCAUUGCUGGAAACAACAGUCAAUACAGAGGAAAUUGUUCAUAUUUAUCCAGAAACUACGACUUUAGAGCCUUAUGUUACCAUAACUCCUCAAUACUCGACAAGGGGAGGAAUUACAGAAAAAGUAUUAACAACAGUGGUUGAAACAAAGCCUGCAGGCGAAGAGGCGACAACAGAAGCUAUACGUGAUACAACUACACAGAAAAUGUCAACACCAAAUGUGAUUACUAUGGGACAAGGUAAGUUAGGUCUUACAGAACCUAUUGCAGAGGAUCUCGUUACUGAUUCUACGAUAGAGGCAAGUAAAACCACAAAAUCUCAAGUACCUGAAAAGAUGACAGGUGGUAUCAUACCAGAAUCGACACAGACACCCAGUACCAUUCACUCGUCAACUCUUGAAACUAGAAUUGGUACUAAUCCAAUAACAAGUGAAUCUACUGCAUCAAUUGGUACAACUGAAGUUACUGAUCAUUCUACAAUUUCCGUCGAUUCUACAACUAAAGUAGAACUAACAACUACCGAGUAUUCAACAACAGAAUAUGCUGUAGGAAUAUCGACCCAUUCAACAGUGCAGGAAAAUAAAGCAACUUCGGAAGCCGUGGUUACUGAAACUGCAACGACCGAAAAAGCUCCAGCAGUGACUUCAAAUCAUCUAACAACAAUGAUUGACUAUGAGCAAAAAUCUUCAUUUGGUUAUACCACAGACAAAAGCGCAACAAUACCUACAACCGUAUUCGCCACCGAAAAACUGACCGUAACACCUACAGAAUAUGGAGAAACUUAUAGUUCAUCGACAACUACUGAAGAAGCCCAAGAAACUACAAAAUCAUCAAUUAAUCAACCAGCGACAAAAGAAAAUUUCAGUACUUCAACCGGGCAUGAUACUGGAGAAGUACUAACAGAACAUUUUUCCCCUAGUACUACAGAAGUAGAUAGAGAAUCAAUACAGACUACAGAAUACGGACACUCUGAACAUGCAACUGAAACUGCACCAUCAAAUCUUUCACCGAUCACUGAAACAGUUUCAGUAUCUAAAACUUCCAAUAAACCUUUGGAACUCCCAGGACAUACUACUGGAACAACAACACAGUCGCCUACCGGCGAGAAGCUUGGGGAAACUACAACCCAUGGCACUACUGAAAAAAUAGCGGAAAAAACUGCUUAUGCAACCCAACAAGAGCAAACAACAGAAAUGGGUUCAUCUACAUCAAACACAUCCAAUGCUGAAGGGUCUGAAGCCACAGUUCCAAUAUAUUAUGAACAAGAAACUCCUACAACUGACAGCAAAGUAACUACAGCUUCAACUACUGGCCGAGAAACGACAACCUUCACAACUAUAACUGCAAGCCUAUCUACUUUAGGGGAAGAAACUAGAACUACUCAAGUAGGCACUGAAAAUUCAAAAUUGCCCACAGAUCGAUUAACAGAACCAUUUGGGGUAGAAAAUGAAACCACAACUACAAAGCAGAUUAAUGAUUUUUCAGGCAAGGCUUCAGAAACUAUAGCUACUGCAGCAACUGUUUAUUCUACAAGCAAGGUUGACUCAACUACACAAACAGCUACCAGCAAUUCUCCCAUCGUUACCGAAGUUCCAUCUGAACAGAGCACAUUAUCAAACCAAUCGGAAAACAGAAAAACAACUACUUCAGCUCCCAAAGAGUUGACAACUGUUUCAUCUGAAGAGGGAACCACAGAAAGUAGUAGUGCUACUCCAAACAAUAAAUUUGAUGAAUUGUCAACAACUUUAAAAGAAGGCGCAGAAUCUACACUACCCAGUGAUAUCAAAACAACUACCGAAACCAUAUCAAUUGCUACAGAACAUGGUGAAACCACCACUGGAUCAAUGAUAACAACUCCAACUGGACCUCAAUCUAAAACCUCGGUUAUUGGAAGAUCUGAAAUAGGUACCACGGGAACCACAGUUUCUAGCACCACAGACAAAAGCAUGGUUAAUACUAUAGUACAUACAGAGUAUGUCACUACGCAGCCAUCGGUUGGUGCAACUAUGGAGACUGUAGUAUCCGGUUCUGCCACUGAUGCUGAAAUUCCACAAUCUACAACUGCCAAGGAAUUUCCAAGAAUUAAAACUACAAUAUACGAACAACGUAUAUCUACUAUGCAAAAUACAGAAAGUCCUAGCGGAGUAACAAAAUUACCAAUAGUGGUAACUACAGGACAAGAUCAAUCCACUGACAAAUCAGGAACUGGGCAAAGUACUCCAAUUGGUGAGUAUACAGUGUCACCUACAGCUAGCACUAGUCGAUAUGAAUCGACAGAAUCCGCUGAAACUAUUUCCACAGGCACAAUAGAAGUAGAAACAAAAACGCUAGCUGGCUUAACAGAAUUUCCAGCAAUUUCAACUACAAGAUCUCCUACAACAAUGGCUGGAAUAACCACUGCAAUUACAGGAUUGCCAACUACACAAUAUGAACACAGCACAUAUAUUAGUACUGGAAAGCCCACUACCGAAGAGCCAUCAAGUUCUACAUCUAGAGAAAGUUACCAAACUACACCUCCUGGCGUUAUUGGUUUAAUAACAAAAUAUCCAACACAUACUACAGACUAUAGCUCACCAGUAUCGGUGAUCCCAGAAGAGCUGACGACACAGUCAAUAAUGAAUACUUUUGAAACAACUGAACGGGAACACACUACUAGUACAGCUGGUGAAGAGAUUACAACACAGGCGGUAAUAAGUAGUUCACUGGGAUCUUCAGCUGAAGCCCAAGGAAAACCCGAACAAUUUUCAACAGCCUCCACUUCACAAUCAACUAAUUCAUUCGACGAGAAUAGGAAGACUGCUACUACAGAACAAACUAGUACUAGCACCAUUACAGAACUGCUAACAACAAACGUCACAGAAUAUGCCCAGAGCCCAGAGAUAACCCAAUCAAUUACAUCCAGACCAACGGAAGUCGGAUCUACAACUGUAGAAAUCUCAAAUAAUGAACAAAGUACAGAAAUUAGAACUCUUAUACCAGAAAUAAGCACAAUAACAGAAUCUGUUGCUGAAAAAGAAGAGAUAAGUACUAGGGCUGUAACCCAGCUUUUAUCAGCAUACACUACAGAAACGGAAGGAUUAAUAACCAAAUUCCCAGCUUCUACAACUCAAAGCAUUACAGAUUCCAUUGGCAGUACAACAAAAUUUGAGCCUAUAUCUGAAGAAAAAUAUACAACAUCCAGAGAUGGUUUGGAAUCAACAACUUUUGGUUCAACAAGAAUAAUUACAGAAGCUGCUACUGAUGAAUUAACUCCAAUAUCUACCAGUGUAUCCAAAAAAACCACGCUUACAGCUGAAUUGGAAACGACUGUUGGAACUAGCACAAAAUAUUCAACGCCAUCUGUCUCCACCACUGGCUUUUCAGUUACCGAUGAGUUGACAGUACAGCCUUUUACUUCGAAACCUGCCGAAACUACUACUGAAUUUGAAACCAAAUUUACUUCUACUCAGACCUUCGGAAGGGAAACAGAAGAAGUUACCUAUACAGUUGCUCAAGAAGCAACAAUAACUACUACUCUUGCUACUGCCAGUUCCACUGAAAAAACAAAUGAAAAUCCAUUCACAACCCUCUCUUCAGCUACAACAUCUGAAGAUGGACAAACUAAGGCUGCUGCUACAGAAUUUUCAACACAACAAAUCACAGAAUUCGAAACCAAAUCUACUUUUAGCAGUGAACUUACUAAUCAGCCUUCAGUUGAAACUACUGAGUAUUCAACAAGCAUUGCGAAAGAACUUCAAACGCAACAUCCCACAGAAUCUGGAACUAUAUCUACUUCUAGAAGUGACGGUAGCACAUUUGAGAGCACUGGUUAUUCAAGUGGGGGAACUACUCUUCCAGCGCAGCAUAUUACUUCCACAGUCGGUAGCACUGAGGAUGCUGGAUACUCAAGUAGCAAAGGCACUGCUUCUACGGAACUUACAACUGAGCAAUUUACGGAAUCUGGAACCAAGUCUACUUUGGGUAAUGAAUUCACUACUCAGCCAGUUGGUACCACUGGCGGCUCAGCUGACUCAAUGGAAUAUGGGACCAAAUCUUCUUUUGGUACCGAAUCUACUGCUCAGGAAGUUACUACCAGUGAGGGGACAAAAUACUCAAGUAGCACAGGUAGUAUUGCGACGGAGAUUCCAACCCAGAAUACUUCGGAAUAUGAAGCCAAAUCUACUUGGGGUAGUGAAUUUACUACUCAAUCAGUUGGUACCACUGAGGGGCCUGCUUAUUUAAGUAGCGAAGGUACUAUUCCAACCCAGCUUAGCACGGAAUAUGGAACCCAAUCUACUUUAAAUAGCGAAUUUACUACUCAGUCAAUUAGUACCACUGAGAAACCAAGAUACUCAAGUAACACAGGUAGUGUUGCGACGGAGCUUCCAACCCAGCAUACCUCGGAAUAUGGAAACAAAUCUUCCCUGGGUAGUGAAUUUACUACUAAAUCAGUUGGUACCACCGAGGGCCCUGCUUAUUCAACUAGCAAGGGUAAUCUUACGACGGAGCUUCCAACCCACCUUACUGCGGAAUAUGGAACUGAAUCUACUUUAGGUAGCGAAUUUACUACUAAUUCAGUUAGUACCACUGAGAAACCAGGAUACUCGAGUAGCACAGGUAGUGCUGCGACGGAGCAUUCAACCCAGCAUACCUCGGAAUAUGGAACAAAAUCUACUUUGGGUAGUGAAUUUACUACUCAGUCAGUUGGUACCUCUGAGAGGUCUGCUCAUUUGAGUAGCGAAGGUACUAUUUUAACCCAGCUUACCACGGAAUAUGGAACCAAAUCUACUUUAGGUAGCGAAUUCACUACUCAGUCAGUUAGUAUUACUGGGGGCCCUGGAUACUCCAGUAUCAAAAGUAGUGUUGCGACGGAACUUCCAACCCAGCAUACUUCGGAAUAUGAAACCAAAUCUACUUUGGAAAGUGAAUUUACUACUCAGUCAGUUGGUACUACUGAGAGCUCUGAUCACUCAAGUAAUGGAGGUAGUGUUUCGACAGAUCUCCCAACUCAGCAUACCACACAAUAUGGAACCAAAUCUACUUUGGGUAGUAGAUUUACUAUUCAACCAACAGUCGGUACAACUAAGAGAAAUGAAUAUUCAGGAUCUGAAACGACUUCUUCAGCUACAGAGCUUCUAGCUCAGUCUGUCACAGAACAUGGAACUGAACCUACGUUAAGUGAUCGAUUUACUAGUUCGCCAACAGUUGCUACAACUAAAAUAACGGAUACCACUAUUAACAUAGCUACAGAGCCUCCAACUAAUCAUACUACAGAUUUUAUAUCUACUUCCAGAAGUGACUUUGGCAGCCAGACAACAGUUCGUGCCAUUGAAAGUACUACUUAUGCAAGUUCUGAUACCGCUGCAUUGACAACUGAACUAAUUGGAGAAAAUGAAACUAAAUCUAUGGUUGAAAAUGAAAACACUGCGCGACCAUCAGUUGGUAGCACUGAAAGCACCAAUUAUUCAAGUAGCGAAGGUACCCCCACAGAAAUUUCAACAUCACUUUUCACAGAAAAUAAAUCUCUACCCCAAGCAACGACCCCUUCUGAUGAAGUUGAAAGAAGUACGAUUACAUCACAGACCCCGACUCAAUCAGUCAGUUCUCAAAACAUAACUGAAACACCUUAUAUUUCCUAUACGACUACAGAAUAUCUAACGAUAGAACCACUAAGUAGUACUUUGGCAGUGAGUGGAUUAAACACAGAAGCUGCUCCAGCAAUUUAUACAACACAGUCAUCUUCAGAAGAAACUGCCCAAGCGACAGAAUUCGAAGAAGCCAAAUCUACUACCUAUGGAUCAAUAUCAAAAGAAACUUUAUCAUAUAGGAAUAAACCAGGAUUUGAGGCUACAGAAACGUCUACUGAAAUUAUCACUGAAAGGCCAAGGAGUAGUACCCACAGUAUCCCAGUAAUGAAUGUUAAAACCACGUUUUUAGGGUCAACCAACGAACAUACUCCAACUACAGAAAUACCAAUCAAUAAAACUUCACAAUCGCCUAUAAUUAAUACUGCUACGAUGGAGACUGCGGCAGGCUAUACAGUACAAAUGGUCACUAGCAAAUACACUCCUGAAAGUACAUCAUCUACAGAAAGCGUUGAGAAGACUAUUAUAAUGCAUACAGAACAAACUGCAGAAACUGGUACAUUUCAAUUCACAGAAAGACCUUUAAGUACUGACAAAUUACCUGUAAAGGAAACAAUAACAACGGCUGAAUCUAUUAGUACCACGCCAUUCAUUUACACAAUUACAUUUACUACUUCCUCUUCUACAGAAGGUAUUGAAACAACAACUGAAACAUAUGAAACAACAGCCAAAUAUUUAGGCGACAUUUCAACAUUUAGCACGGUGCUGACAACAAAAGAACUACAAGAAAUUACUACACUGGGAAAAACUACGAUUACAAUUGCUAAUGAUGAAAUUGUAGAAAUAACAACUCCAGGAUAUAUUUCUACGGAGAGUAAUGAGACGACUGAACUCAUUAAGCAUACAGUGCAAAUGACCACAGAGCAGCUAGAAGAGUUAAGUACUACUGGAGGUACUUUGGUGAACAAGGUAGGUACUACCUUAUCGCCAGGUACAGAAUACACUGAAGCUGCAACUGCCACCACUACGAAAUACCCUUCGUCUCUAUUAUCUACAACAAUUCCUCCCCUUGAAAAAACAACUACAAAAGAACUAAUAGAAUUAUCUACUACUUUAACAACUGAAAAAAUUCCGAAGACGACUCAAAAUGAUAAUGUAAUAUCGCUCAAAAAUUACACCAAAAAUUUGAGUGAUCGUACGUACCAAUGCCUCGCCGAUAACGAUUGUGGAGAUACCGACGUGUGUAUCUUCAAAAAAUGUAUAAACGUGUGCUCAAUCGGAGGGCUUUGUGGGCCUAAUGCCAAGUGUACUGCUGAGAAUCAUGCAGCUGAUUGCACUUGCCCGCCGCAUCAUUACGGAGAUCCGCACAGGAUGUGUUAUCAAGAACCGCACGGCGAUAGGGCGCGUAAACCCUGCGAAUCUGACAUGGACUGUCUCGAGUCCGAGGCGUGUUACAUGUCUCUCUGUCAGGACCCUUGCGAAUUCACCAGCGCCUGCGCUGAAGGCGCUAGGUGUCAAGCGAAAAUGCACAGGCCUAUUUGUACAUGUCCGAUGGGAUUCGAAGGGAACCCGGCCGUUAAAUGUACCAAAUCGCCUACAAUGGGUUGCACCAGCAACGAAGACUGUCCUAUUAGCGAAGCAUGCAUAGAUAGAGCAUGUCAAAGACCGUGCGAUGUUCAUAAUCCUUGUGCUCAAAACGCUGUAUGCAUCAACACCCAACAUGGGUGCGACUGUAGCUGCAAAGAAGGAUUCCACGGCAACGGCUUUGUUGGUUGCGCUCCAGUUUCCGACUACGGCCCACCAGUAUGUCAAUACAACGAAGAUUGUCCUCCCAACAAAUUGUGUGACAGAUUAAAUAGAAGAUGCAUCAAUCCUUGCUUUGAAGAUUCAUGUGGAGAUAAUGCAGAAUGCGUUCCAAAGAACCAUGAAGCUUCAUGCGUAUGUUUACCAGGCUAUGAAGGAAACGCUUACGUAGAAUGUCUAGGAGUUCUCGGCUGUAGACACGACGAAGAAUGUGCUACCAACGAAGCUUGUAUCAACCAACAAUGUGUAUCGCCUUGCAACUGCGGCAUCAAUGCUAUUUGUGACGUGAUAUACCAUAAACCACAAUGCAAGUGCCUUCCAGGAUAUCUGGGUGAUGCGAAGAUAUCAUGCCAACCUCCCACAGAUCCUUGUGACCCUAAUCCCUGUGGAACAAACGCUCUAUGUGAAUUAGACAAUGGCAACCCAAUUUGCUUCUGUCCAAAGGGAUUGACCGGAAAUCCCUUUAAGAAUUGCAGUACGUAUUUUUUACCCCGCAUUUCAAUAAAAAUGAUAUUGGAAAACAAUUUUUCUUUAGUUCCUGAAGGCGACGAGUGUUCACCAAAUCCUUGCGGUCCCAACUCUGGCUGUCGCGUCGUAGCCGGAGACGCUGUUUGCUUCUGCUUACCCGAAUACGAAGGAGCUCCGCCACAAGUUCCAUGUAGUUUACCAACAAACCCAUGUGAUCCAUCACCGUGUGGUCCAAACACCCAAUGUUCCAUAUUGGCCAAUGGUUUUGCCAAAUGUACCUGCCUUUCUGGUUUCCUCGAAAGCCCUAAUACCAUCCGCGGAUGUGUGGAAGCUAAAAAACCUUGCGAACCCAAUCCAUGUGGACCAGGUGCCUUGUGUGAUCCUCAUGGAGAACCCGUUUGUUAUUGCCCAUACGGUACUAGUGGAAAUCCAUUUAGAAGUUGCGUUGGAGCUGUAGAAAAACCUUUGUGCAGUCCAGGACCUUGUGGAGUUAAUGCUGAUUGUUAUAAUACCAACAAUGAAGAACAAUGUUAUUGUAGAGCAGGUUUUAUCGGUGAUCCUUACUCGGGGUGUAGAAUUCAACCCCCAAGUCCCUGUGUACCAAAUCCAUGUGGUCCGGGCGCUCAAUGUGUGAUAACUCCUGAUGGUAAUUCAAUGUGUCGCUGUCCCGAAGGCAUGGGAGGUGAUCCCACAGGUGCCCUUGGUUGUUUUGGUUAUGAAUGCGUUGUUGACGAAAACUGUGCUGACCAUCAAGCCUGCAUUUCUUACCGAUGUAGAGAUCCUUGUCCAGGUUCUUGCGGAAUUAGUGCUGAUUGUCGUGUAGAAAAACAUCAUCCUGUGUGUACUUGCCACCAUGGAUUAACAGGAAAUCCUAUCAUCAGAUGUUUUCCAGUACCAGAAUAUCUACCACCAGAUGACCCUUGCAUGCCAAAUCCUUGUGGACUGAAUACAAUUUGUCAAGUAUUAUUGAACAGAGCUGUUUGCUCGUGUCUAGAAGAUUUCCAUGGUGAUCCACAAAGCGGAUGCCAUCCAGAAUGUGCUACUAAUUCUGACUGUCCCAUCAAUAAAGCAUGCCUGGAUAGACAUUGCAGAGACCCUUGCGCAUUAGGUCAUCUUUGCGGGGUAAAUGCUGCCUGUCAAGUUAGAGACCACACUGCUUCUUGUGUGUGCUUAGAAGGCUAUAUGGGAGACCCGUUCCUACAAUGUAUCCAAACUCCAAGUGUCAUUAUUCCACCUUAUCCAAAUGCUACAAGACAACCCUGUAAUCCUUCACCUUGUGGAACUAUGGACUGCAGUGCUUACGGAACUCAAAUUGCCAUUUGCGAUCCAUGUUUAGGACCUGAAGCUACAUUUAAUCCUCAAUGUAGACCUGAAUGUUUGACCAACGCUGACUGUCCUUUCCAUCAAGCUUGCUUAAGAUUUAAUUGUAUCGAUCCCUGUCCAGGAUCUUGUGGUGUUAAUGCCAUUUGUACCGUAGUAUCGCAUACUCCGAUUUGUAGCUGCCCACAUGGAUUAAUUGGUGAUCCAUACCAACAAUGUAUAGUGCCAAGUGUAGCAGAGCCAAUACCUAAAGAAACUUGUGAUUAUCAAAAAUGUGGCGUCAAUGCUGAUUGUUUGGAACAACAAAAUGGUAUCGUUUGUGUAUGUAGAACAGGCUUCUUUGGUGAUCCUUAUUUGGCUUGUAGACCUGAAUGCGUGAUUAAUCCAGACUGUCCUCUGGACAAAGCUUGUAUCAAUGCCAAAUGUUCCAACCCUUGCACUGAUGUCUGCGGGGUAGCUGCACAAUGUGACGUAAUCAACCAUAUUCCUAUUUGUUACUGCCCUCCCCAAUAUGCGGGGGAUCCAUUUGUUUCUUGCUACAAAGUAAUUAUUUCUAGUCAUCCACAACUGCCACAUGUAAAUCCUUGUGAUCCGUCGCCUUGCGGACCAUUCAGUAGAUGUUUGGUUUCUCAUCAAGGCUAUGCUACUUGCUCUUGCCUGCCCAAUUACCAAGGUGUAGCUCCUGCUUGUAAACCUGAAUGUAUUUCAACUUCCGAAUGUCCACAAACCAAAGCUUGUAUCAAUCAAAAAUGUACGGACCCUUGUCCUGGCACUUGCGGUGUUGCAGCUUUAUGUGCCGUGAUCAACCAUAAUCCAAUCUGUAGCUGUCCGCCAGGUUUAGAAGGCGAUCCAUUCCUGAGCUGCCAACACGCGGUUGUGGAAGAAAAAUCUCCUUCUACCACACCUGAACCAAUUAAUCCUUGUGUGCCUUCACCUUGCGGACCCAAUUCGAUAUGCCAAGUCAAAGAAAAUAGGCCUGUGUGUUCUUGUGUAGCUAACUAUAUAGGUAGUCCGCCUUAUUGUAGACCAGAAUGUGUUAUUAGUCAGGAAUGUGCCCAACAUGAGGCUUGUGUCAACGAAAAAUGUGUGGAUCCGUGCAUUGGAACUUGUGGUUCUAAUGCUAAGUGUGAUGUAGUCAAUCAUACACCCUUCUGUAGUUGCAACGGUGGAUAUGAAGGUGAUGCCUUUAUCGGAUGUAUCAAAGUGAUAGUGGAAGAACGCCCAAGAGAUCCAUGCAACCCGUCUCCUUGUGGUGAAAAUGCUCAAUGCUCAGUCAGCGGAGGCGCUGCGAAAUGUACUUGCAUACCUCCAUACAUUGGUAACCCCUAUUCUGGAGGCUGUAGGCCAGAAUGUACCAUGAACUCUGAGUGUCCAAGUCAUCUGGCUUGUUUGUCAUUGCAUUGUAGAGAUCCUUGCCAGGGACUUUGUGGAAUCAACGCUGAAUGUAGCGUCUUCAACCAUGUCCCCGUUUGUACGUGCGCUAGAGGUUUGAUUGGCGAUCCACAAACUUCUUGCAGAGAACCACCAGUACAAGAGAAACCAAAACCAUGUGAACCCUCACCUUGCGGUCCUAACAGCGUAUGUCGCACUCGUAACGACCAAGCCAUAUGUUCUUGUCAAAGUGGAUACUUUGGACAACCACCCAAUUGUAGACCAGAAUGUCUGGUCAGCUCAGAAUGUAACUCAGACAAAGCAUGCCUCAACCAGAAGUGUCAGGAUCCAUGUCCAGGAACUUGCGGAGUCAACGCUAGAUGUCAAGUCAACAACCACAAUCCUAUUUGUAGUUGCCCGCCCAACUUUGUUGGUGAUCCGUUUGUUGUGUGCAGGCCCGAAGAAAGAAAGCAAGAACCAGCUCCAACUCCGUGCAUCCCGUCUCCAUGCGGUGCUAAUGCGGAUUGUCAUGCAGCAAACAACCGAGCCAUUUGUACAUGUUUACCAGGAAUGUUUGGAGCUCCGCCAAAUUGUAGACCAGAAUGUAGCAUCGACCAAGACUGUCCUCUAACCCUCAGCUGUACCAAUCAAAAAUGUCGCGAUCCUUGUGUGGGAUCUUGUGGUUUUAAUGCUGAAUGCAGCGUUGUUAAUCAUAGGCCCAUUUGCAGCUGCCAUGCUGGAUUUGAAGGUGAUCCGUUCUCUGGAUGUAGUCCUGUUCCGGUAGUAGAACAACCAAGAAACCCUUGUAAUCCAUCCCCAUGCGGCUUCAAUGCCAUAUGUAAAGAAAGAAACGGCGCUGGCUCUUGUGCCUGCGUCGAAGGGUAUUUUGGAGACCCAUAUUCAGGAUGUAGGCCGGAAUGUGUCACUAGCAGCGAAUGCUCUCAUGACAAAGCGUGCCUCAAUAUGAAAUGUAAAGACCCUUGCCCUGGCGCUUGCGGAAUUAACGCAGAAUGCUCCGUUAUUAAUCACAAUCCACAAUGUAAUUGUAUCCCUGAUUAUACUGGAAAUGCUUUGAGCAUUUGCCGCAAAAUUGAACCUAUUGUCAUAGAAGAACAUAAACGUAACCCGUGUGCCCCUUCACCUUGCGGACCCUACAGUAUCUGUCAGAUAGUAAACGAAAGACCAGUAUGCUCAUGCGCAACGGGUUACUUUGGUGCCCCACCCAUGUGCAAACCCGAAUGCGUGGUAAACUCAGAGUGUACUUUGGACAGAUCAUGUCACAACCAAAAAUGUGUAGACCCAUGUCCUGGAACCUGCGGACUUAAUGCAUUAUGCAGAGUCUUGAAUCAUAGUCCUAUAUGCAGUUGUCCACCAUCUUUCACUGGUGAUCCAUUUGUUAGAUGUAUACCUGAAGAAAAACGCCCUGUAGAAGUUGAAAGACGAAACCCUUGCAUACCAAGCCCUUGUGGUACAUUUUCAGAAUGUAAAAUUAUAAACGAUAGAGCCGUUUGUUCUUGCAUGCCAAAUUACUUUGGACAUCCACCAAACUGUAGACCUGAAUGUGUCAUAAACACUGAAUGUCCUUCAAAUAGAGCCUGUAACAAUCAAAGAUGUAAAGACCCUUGUCCUGGAUCUUGCGGCAGUAAUGCUCAAUGUACCGUGGUUAAUCAUGUACCAGUUUGUUAUUGUUUUGAAGGAUUCACUGGAGAUCCAUUUUCAGGAUGUCAAGAAUUUAGACCAAUUGAAGAAGCCGCCCAACCAUGUAACCCAUCCCCAUGUGGUUCUAAUGCCGAUUGUAAAGAAUUUAAUGGGGCAGGUUCUUGUACAUGUAUUCCGGGUUACUUUGGUGAUCCAUAUACUGGGUGCAGGCCGGAAUGUGUUCAAAACUCUGAAUGCCCAAGAGAUAAAUCCUGUGUUAAUAAUAAAUGUACAAACCCGUGCCCUGGUACUUGUGGAAUUAACGCAGAAUGUAUUGUGAAUAAUCAUUUGCCCAAUUGUAAUUGUUUGCCUGGAUUCACUGGAAAUCCGACGUUCUCUUGUCAUCAAAUACCUAUUUUGACUACUGUUGAAGAACCUAGAAACCCUUGCCAACCAUCCCCCUGCGGACCUUAUAGUCAAUGUAGAGAAGUUAAUGGUCACGCUGUGUGUUCAUGCCAACAAAACUAUAUCGGCGUACCUCCAAUGUGUAGACCAGAAUGUAUCGUUAGUUCUGAAUGUCCCCAGGACAAAGCGUGUAUAAAUCAAAAAUGCAGAGAUCCGUGUCCUGGAACUUGUGGACUUAAUGCUCUAUGUCAUGUCAUAAAUCAUAAUCCAAUUUGCAGUUGUGCUCCUGGGCUAAUUGGUGAUCCGUUUACACGAUGCAUUCAAGAAGAAAAACGGAUUGUUGAACCAAUUAAUCCGUGUAUGCCAACUCCUUGUGGAGCAAACUCUCAAUGCAAAGUGGUUGGUACUCAAGCAGUUUGCUCAUGCUUGCAAAACUAUAUAGGACGAGCACCAAAUUGUCGCCCUGAAUGUUCAAUAAAUCAAGAAUGUCCAGGAAAUUUAGCAUGUAUAAACGAAAAAUGUAAAGAUCCGUGUCCAGGCUCUUGUGGUUUUAAUGCCCUUUGCGUCGUCACUGCUCAUUCUCCUCAUUGUCAAUGCCAAGAAGGAUUUACUGGAGAUCCAUUUAAUGGUUGUUCUCCUAUACCAAUAGCUGCAGUAGAAGAAGAACGUAAUCCUUGCAAUCCGUCGCCUUGCGGCGCAAACGCAGAAUGUAAAGAAAGAAAAGGCGCAGGAUCUUGUACAUGCGUACCGGAAUACUUUGGAGAUCCAUAUACCGGAUGUAGACCAGAAUGUAUUACGAAUUCUGAUUGUUCAAGAGAUAAAACUUGCCUGAAUAAUAAAUGUAAAGAUCCAUGUCCAGGAAUUUGUGGAAUUAAUGCCGAAUGUAGGGUUUCUAAUCAUAUACCUUCUUGCUUCUGUUUUGACGGAUAUACAGGAAAUCCUUCAGUUUCAUGUCACUUACCGCCACCAAUUCCUGAUCAACCAAAACUAGAACCAUGUCAACCGUCCCCAUGUGGACCAUACAGUGUCUGUAGAGUAGUAAACGAUCACGCUGUGUGCUCUUGCCAGCAAAAUUAUAUUGGCUCUCCUCCAAUGUGCAGACCGGAAUGUAUGAUAAGCGCCGAAUGUCCUUUGGACAAAACAUGCAUCAAUUCCAGAUGCCAGAAUCCAUGUCCGGGAACUUGCGGUAUUAAUGCUAGAUGCCAAGUAGUCAAUCACAAUCCAAUUUGUAGUUGUUCGCCUGGAUUUACUGGUGAUCCUUUUAUCAGAUGCGUUCAAGAAGAACGGAAAACGGAACGUUUACCGCCAGCAAAUCCGUGCGUUCCGUCGCCAUGCGGUCCAAAUUCAAAUUGUAGAGUAAUAGGAAAUACCCCGGCAUGUUCUUGUGUAGAAAACUUUAUCGGACGACCACCAAAUUGUAGACCAGAAUGUUCAAUUAACGCUGAAUGUGCGGCAAAUUUAGCUUGUCAAAAUGAAAAAUGCGUUGAUCCAUGUCCUGGAUCUUGUGGAGCUAAUACCCAAUGUACAGUUAUAUCACAUCGGCCAGUAUGCUCUUGCAGUAUAGGUUUUACUGGUGAUCCAUUCUCCGGAUGCAACGUGAUUCCAAUUGUCCAAGCAGUAGAAGAAGAACGCAAUCCUUGUAACCCAUCACCAUGUGGUGCUAACGCAGAAUGCAGAGAAAGAAAUGGGGCAGGUUCUUGUGUAUGUUUGCCAGAAUACUUUGGCGAUCCAUACACUGGAUGUAGACCAGAAUGUGUCACUAAUUCAGAUUGUUCAAGAGACAAAGCUUGCGUUAGCAAUAAAUGUACAGAUCCCUGCCCUGGUACCUGUGGUAUUAAUGCAGAAUGUUCUGUGCCAAACCAUGCGCCAUCUUGCAUAUGUUUGCCUGGAUAUAUCGGAAAUCCGUUUACGUCUUGUCACUUACCGCCACCAAUUAUUGAAGAACCCAAAACAGAUCCUUGCUUACCAUCACCCUGUGGGCCAUACAGUGUAUGUAAAAACAUAAACAACCACGCAGUAUGUUCUUGUCAACCUGAAUAUGUCGGUUCUCCUCCUGCUUGUAGACCUGAAUGCAUGGUUAGUUCGGAAUGUGCACAAAAUAAAGCAUGUAUAAAUCAGAAAUGUAAAGACCCGUGCCCUGGAACGUGUGGCAUCAACGCAAGAUGUCAAGUAGUCAAUCAUAAUCCUAUAUGUAGUUGUUCAGAAGGGUAUGCUGGAGAUCCUUUCGUACGCUGCGUAUUGCAACCAAAAAAACCUGUAGUGGUACCAAGUGGUAAUCCUUGUGUUCCAUCACCCUGUGGACCUAAUUCUCAAUGUAGAGAUAUUGGUACGCAGGCUGCAUGCUCCUGUCUUCCUAAUUAUAUUGGCAGGGCUCCAAACUGUAGACCUGAAUGUACGAUAAAUGCUGAAUGUCCAGGAAAUCUUGCAUGUCAAAACGAACGUUGCAAAGAUCCUUGUCCGGGAUCAUGUGGACAGUUUACCUCUUGUAUAGUAUUGAAGCAUGCACCAGUAUGUCAAUGUAGUUCUGGUUACACUGGUGAUCCUUUUACUGGAUGCUCUAUUAUACCACCUUCUCCUCCUGUUACCGAACAACCAAGAAAUCCUUGCAACCCUUCACCCUGUGGGGCGAAUGCAAUUUGUAAAGAACGAAAUGGUGCAGGUUCUUGUGCAUGUUUACCAGAAUACUUUGGAGAUCCAUACACUGGAUGUAGACCUGAAUGUGUAGCUAACUCAGACUGUGUUCGCAGUAGAUCUUGCGUAAAUAAUAAAUGUAUAGAUCCAUGUCCUGGUACUUGCGGAUUAAAUUCAGAAUGUAACGUAAUUAAUCAUGCACCAUCUUGUUCGUGUAUACCUGGAUAUACUGGAGAUCCAACUAGAGCUUGCAACGUCAUUGAAGCUAUCAUAGAAGAACCUACAAACCCUUGCCAACCCUCUCCUUGUGGACCUUAUAGUGCAUGCCGUGAAGUAAACGGUCAUGCCGUUUGCUCUUGUAAUAUUGGUUAUAUCGGUUCACCUCCAAUGUGUAGACCUGAAUGUAUAGUGAGUUCCGAAUGUCCCCAAGAUAGAGCAUGUGUAGCACAAAAAUGCAUUGACCCAUGUCCAGGAACGUGUGGACUAAGCGCUCAAUGUAGAGUGGUUAAUCAUAAUCCAAUUUGUACUUGCUUGACAGGAUUUACUGGAGAUCCUUUCAUUCAAUGCUCUAAGAUUCAAUUACCUCCACCACCUAAAACACCUGAAAAUCCUUGUAUACCAACACCGUGUGGACCAAACUCCCAAUGUAGAGUAGUUGGUACGCAAGCAGCAUGUUCUUGCUUGCAAAGCUUUAUUGGUCGGCCACCAAAUUGCCGACCAGAAUGUAUAAAUGACUCUGAAUGUCCAAAUCACUUAGCAUGCAAAAAUGAAAAAUGUAAAGAUCCUUGUCCAGGAUUAUGUGGAAUUAAUGCUCAAUGUACUGUAGUUAAUCACCAACCGAUAUGUUCAUGUUUCCCUGGAUACACUGGUAAUCCGUCUAGCUCUUGUAAUCUACCACCUCCACCAUUGACAGAAAGGCCACGUACGCCAUGUUCACCAUCACCCUGCGGACCUAACGCUGAAUGCAGAGAACAAAAUGGGGCAGGUGCAUGCUUCUGCGCUCCUGGCUAUGAAGGCAAUCCUUAUGAUGAUGUCAAAGGUUGCCGCAGAGAAUGCGAAAUUAGUUCGGACUGUAACCCAAAUUUGGCCUGUGUAUCAUAUAAAUGCGUAGAUCCAUGUCCUGAUACUUGUGGAACUCUGGCUGAAUGUUUCGUAGUGAACCAUGUACCAACUUGCGUAUGUCCAGCUGGUUAUACUGGAGAUCCGUUCUAUCAAUGUAGAUUGGCGCCAACUGAGCCUCCACCGACGAUUAAUCCAUGUCAGCCAUCACCGUGUGGUCCUAACAGUCAAUGCAGGGAAGUUAAUGAGCAAGCAGUUUGUUCAUGCUUGCCACAAUACAUAGGGUCUCCACCAAAUUGUAGACCAGAAUGCAUAGUAAACUCAGAAUGUCAAUUGGACAAAGCCUGUGUUAAUCAAAGAUGUGGCGAUCCUUGCCCGAACACUUGUGGACUCGGAGCUGUUUGCACAACUAGAAACCACAAUCCGAUUUGCGCUUGUCCACCAGGUUAUACCGGAGAUCCAUUCACCAGAUGCACACCACAACCACCACCGCCGCCAGAACCAUCAACUGAAAGACCGCCAUCAUGUCAACCAAGCCCCUGUGGACCAAACUCAAUUUGCAGGAUUGUCGGCAACUCACCCACAUGUUCCUGCUUGCCUAACUACAAUGGAGCACCACCAAAUUGUAGACCAGAAUGCGUUCUCAGUUCAGAAUGUAGCAGUUCUCUGGCUUGCAUCAACCAAAAAUGUAAAGAUCCUUGUCCAGGUUCAUGUGGCUCUAACACUGUUUGCAACGUAUUAAAUCACAUUCCUAUUUGCACAUGUCAAGAAGGAUUCACUGGAGAUGCAUUUACCAAUUGCUAUCUUAUACCACCAUCAACUAAAGCACCAGUAGAAACUGACCCAUGUAAUCCUUCACCUUGUGGUCCUAAUGCUCAAUGCGACAAUGGAGCUUGCACUUGCUUACCCGAAUAUAUCGGCAAUCCUUAUGAAGCAUGUAGACCUGAAUGUGUUCUUAGUAUAGAAUGUACAAGAGAUAAAGCUUGCGUCAGAAAUAAAUGUAUUGAUCCAUGCCCUGGAACUUGCGGUCAAAAUGCUAGAUGCGACGUAAUCAAUCAUAUUCCAUCAUGUUCGUGCUCAGAUGGCUGGACUGGAGAUCCAUUUAUCAACUGUAGAGAGGCUAUACCCCCACCAAAACAAAAUCCUUGCAACCCAUCGCCAUGUGGAGCAAACAGUCAAUGUAGAGAAGUCAACGAACAAUCAGUUUGCUCAUGUUUACCAGGUUAUCAAGGAAGCCCACCAGGAUGUCGACCUGAAUGUGUCGUGAGUGCCGAAUGUCCACAAGAUAAAGCCUGCAUUAAUCAAAAAUGUGUCGAUCCAUGUCCUGGAUCUUGCGGCAUUAGAGCAAGAUGCGAAGUACGAAACCAUAGUCCUAUUUGCAGUUGCGCUGAAGGAGAAACUGGAGAUCCAUUCCAAAGUUGUAGAACUCUACCACCACCUGAACCAGUUACAAGACGGCCUGUUGAACCUUGCAAUCCGUCACCGUGCGGACCCAACUCCAUUUGCCGUGUGGUAGGAGAUUCCUAUGCAUGCAGCUGUCAACCAGAUUACACUGGGCAACCACCAAAUUGCCGACCAGAAUGCGUCAUCAAUACUGACUGUUCGAGCACUCUUGCUUGCAUCAACAAUAAAUGUAAAGAUCCCUGCCCAGGAAGCUGUGGCCAAAACGCUGAAUGCCAUGUCAUCUCACAUGCAGUAUCUUGCUCUUGCAUUAGCGGUUUUAUAGGGGAUCCAUUUGUUCAAUGCAUAAUUAAAACGGAACCAAUUAAACCAUGUGAACCUUCUCCGUGUGGUGCCAAUGCUGAAUGUAGAGAGAGAAAUGGCGCAGGAGCGUGCAUUUGUUUACCAGACUAUCAAGGAAAUCCCUAUGAAGGCUGCAGACCGGAAUGCGUAUUAAGCUCAGAUUGUCAACCCAAUAAGGCGUGUAUCAUGAACAAAUGUGCUGAUCCAUGCCCAGGAACUUGCGGUCAAAAUGCAGAAUGUUCGGUUCUCAAUCAUGUACCGGCUUGUACUUGUAUUCCUGGUUUUACUGGGGAUGCUUUCAGAUUCUGUUCACCUUUAACGCCAGAACCUGUUACUGAAGAGCCGAUACCAACCAAUCCAUGUGAGCCAACGCCAUGCGGUCCAUACAGUCAAUGUCGCCAAGUCAACGGCCAAGCAGUAUGUUCUUGCUUGCCCGAAUACCAAGGCUCUCCACCUUCUUGCAAACCCGAAUGUGUCGUCAGUUCAGAAUGUCCUUCGAAUCGUGCGUGCCAUAAAUUCAAAUGUGCCAAUCCUUGUGUGGGAACUUGCGGAAUCAACGCUAGGUGUGAGGUUAUCAAUCACAAUCCAAUUUGUAGCUGUCCUUCCGGACUUAAUGGAGAUCCAUUCUCCAGAUGCUAUGAGAUACCUCCAGAGCCUAAGCCAGGACCUCCAGCAAGAAUUAACCCAUGUGUGCCAUCCCCCUGUGGGCAAAAUUCAGAAUGUCGCGAUAUUGGAGGACAGCCAUCCUGUUCUUGUCGACCAACCUACAUCGGAGUUCCCCCGAACUGUAGACCUGAAUGUGUUGUCAAUACCGAUUGCCCAUCGCAUUUAGCUUGCAUAACUGAAAAAUGCAAAGAUCCCUGUGUUGGAUCUUGUGGCUUCAACGCUGAUUGUAGAGUUCAAAAUCAUAUUCCAAUUUGUACGUGCACAACAGGAUUCACUGGAGAUGCAUUCACGGAAUGCACGAAAGAACUACCCAAAGUAACACUAAUAGAAGAUCCUUGCAACCCCUCACCAUGCGGUCAAAAUACCCAAUGCAAUAAUGGCAUAUGCACCUGUUUCCCAUUGUAUCAAGGGGAUCCAUAUAGAGGCUGUAGACCAGAGUGUACUAUGAAUACCGAUUGUUCUCCAAAGAAGACUUGUAUUAAUCUAAAAUGUGUCGAUCCAUGCCCUGGAACUUGCGGACAAGGCGCUAUUUGUGAUGUAGUUAAUCAUUUGCCAAUUUGUAGUUGUCCGCCUGAAUAUGAAGGCGAUCCGUUCACAAGUUGUCGAUUGAAACCAAGAAUUCCUCCUUCGGUCCUAAAUCCAUGUCAACCUUCACCAUGCGGACCUAAUAGCGUUUGUAGGGUGAACAAUGGUAUAGCCGUCUGUUCGUGUCAACCAGGCAUGAUCGGUAGUGCGCCACAAUGUAGACCAGAGUGCGUGGUCAGCUCUGAAUGUUCGUUAACACAAGCUUGUCUUAACAAUAAAUGUGUCGACCCGUGUCCUGGAACCUGUGGACUCAACGCUUUAUGCCAAGUAGUAAAUCAUAAUCCCAUUUGCAGCUGUUCUUCUGGAAACACCGGAGAUCCAUUCACCAGAUGUUAUCCGAUACCACCACCGCCGACAAAGGAGAACAUCAAUCCGUGUCAACCCAACCCUUGUGGUCCGAACUCUGUGUGUCAAGUGCGCGGCGAGAGCCCGGCCUGUUCGUGUCUCGAAGGUUACGUCGGGGUGCCGCCAUCCUGCAGGCCGGAGUGCACAAUUAAUCCCGAAUGUCCGAGUGCGCGCGCGUGUAUUAAUCAAAAGUGCCGCGACCCGUGCCCGGGCAGUUGUGGCGCUAACGCGGUUUGUUCGGUAGUGAAUCAUAAUCCCGUGUGUUCCUGUAGCUCUGGUCACACCGGUGAUCCGUUUAGGGGCUGUAUACCAACACCACUACGUUUACCCGAGCCUGAAAUAAUAAACCCCUGUCAACCCUCACCAUGUGGAACUAACGCGUUGUGCAAGGAGAGAAAUGGCGCCGGUGCCUGUCAAUGUUUACCAGAAUAUAUCGGAAACCCUUAUGAAAGCUGCAGGCCUGAGUGUAUUCACAAUUCUGAUUGUCCAUCGAAUAGGGCAUGUAUCAGGAGUAAGUGUACGGAUCCCUGCCCUGGUACUUGUGGUAGUAACGCAGAAUGUCAAGUUAUCAACCAUGCUCCAUCUUGUACAUGUAUUCCUGGAUACAUUGGAGACCCCUACAGGCAUUGUCAAAUACCUGAACCAGCCCCUGUUAUUGUUCAAAACGAAAAUCCAUGUCAACCAUCACCCUGUGGUCCAAACACUCAGUGCAAGUUGGUGAACCAGCAGGCUGUUUGCUCCUGUUUACCAACCUAUAUAGGUAGCCCUCCGGGCUGUAGACCAGAAUGUGUUGUAUCUUCUGAAUGUGCAACGAACAGAGCCUGUAUUAAUAAUAAAUGUGUAGAUCCUUGUCCUGGAACUUGUGGUUUGCAAGCUCAAUGUCAAGUGAUUAAUCACAGUCCAAUUUGUAGUUGUCGUGGUGGAUUUACUGGUGAUCCCUUUACGAGAUGUUAUCCCAUACCACCACCACCUCUUAUCCCUAUAAAAGAUAUUGAAAACAAUCCAUGCGUACCAUCACCCUGCGGCCCUAACUCUCAAUGCCAAAGCAAUGGACAAACUCCGUCGUGCUCUUGCUUACGCCAGUAUAUUGGAAAUCCUCCAAACUGUCGGUCAGAAUGUACAAUAAACCAAGAUUGCCCAAGUAUUCAGGCUUGCAUCAGAGAAAAAUGCGCUGAUCCAUGCCCAGGAGCCUGUGGAGCUAAUGCUGAAUGCUCUGUACAAAACCACAAUGCUAUUUGUACUUGUCCCAUCGGAUAUAUUGGCGAUCCUUUCAUUAAUUGUCAAAUUAAACCGCCUGAAAUUACGUCAAUCGUUGAAGACGAUCCUUGUAAUCCUUCACCAUGUGGCUCUAAUACUCAAUGCAACAAUGGCAUAUGCAGUUGCUUACCAGAAUAUCAAGGAGAUCCUUAUGUAGGCUGCAGGCCUGAAUGUACUUUAAGUACUGAUUGCUCUAGAGAUAAGGCUUGUAUUAGAAUGAAAUGCGUGGAUCCAUGUAGAGGAACUUGUGGUUCUGGAGCUAUUUGCCAAGUUAAUAAUCAUAUUCCAAUGUGCAGCUGUCCAAUCGGAUAUAAUGGCAAUGCUUUUAUAAGUUGUCGGUUAUCUGAACCACCACCAAAAACCAACCCUUGCAACCCAUCACCUUGCGGUCCCAACAGCCAAUGCAGAGAAAUUAACGGACAAGCGGUAUGCUCGUGUGUGCCAAGCUUUAUAGGCAGUCCACCAACUUGCAGGCCUGAAUGCAUAACUAGUUCAGAGUGUCCUUUGGUUCAAGCCUGUGUCAACCAAAAAUGUGUCGAUCCAUGUCCUGGUACUUGUGGGUUUAAUGCCAAAUGUCAAGUGGUUAAUCACAAUCCGAUAUGCAGUUGUCCCCCUAAUUACACUGGAGAUCCAUUCACUAGAUGUAUUUUAAAACCCAUGGAAGAACAAAUAGUAACCCCUACCAACCCUUGCAAUCCAUCACCUUGUGGUCCAAAUUCUCAGUGUAAAGACGCUAACGGUUCACCUUCAUGCUCGUGCCUACCAGACUUUAUAGGCACACCACCGGACUGUAGACCAGAAUGCAUUAGCAGCAACGAAUGCGCUAGUCAUCUGGCUUGUAUCAAUAGAAAAUGUAAAAACCCUUGUGCAGGAGGAAUAUGUGGAAUAAAUGCAGAGUGUAGGGUAGUUAGCCAUACUCCUAAUUGCGUUUGUGUAAUUGGCUUUGAAGGUGAUCCAUUUAACCAGUGUUCGUUACCCGUUACAUUGCAAGAAAAUCUAAAUCCUUGCUACCCAUCACCGUGUGGAUCCAAUGCAGUUUGUAAAGAAAGAAACGGUGCAGGAUCUUGCAUAUGUUUACCAGAGUAUAUUGGAAAUCCAUAUGAAGCCUGUAGGCCUGAAUGUAUAGUAAAUUCCGAUUGUCCACAAAAUAAAGCUUGCGUCAGAAAUAAAUGUGUUAACCCUUGUCCAGGAACUUGUGGACAAAAUGCCAAUUGUCAAGUAAUCAAUCACCUACCUUCUUGUACUUGUAUUCAGGGUUAUACUGGAGAUCCAUUUAGAUUUUGCCAACUUAUACCUGAACCCAUACGUGACGCAAUAACACCCACAAACCCUUGCCAGCCAAGUCCGUGUGGUCCAAAUAGUCAAUGUCGCGAGGCGAACGGACAAGCAGUAUGCUCUUGCUUGCCUAAUUUCAUAGGUAGUCCACCUGGUUGUCGUCCAGAAUGCGUAGUUAGCUCAGAAUGUUCGCCAGAUAAGGCUUGUAUCAAUCAAAAAUGUACAGAUCCUUGUGUUGGAACAUGUGGUCUUAAUGCUAACUGCCAGGUUAUCAAUCACAGUCCAAUUUGUAGCUGCGCUAUAAGAUUUACCGGCAAUCCUUUCACUAGAUGUUAUCAAAUACCACCUCCUGUAGUAGAAUCCGUAGUUGCGGUCAUUACCGACCCCUGCAUGCCUUCUCCGUGCGGUCUUAACUCCCAAUGUCGCAAUAUUAAUGGCAACCCAUCGUGCUCGUGCUUAUCCAAUUACAUAGGAUCACCCCCGAACUGUAGACCAGAAUGUCUCAUCAACGCCGAAUGUCAAAGCAAUUUAGCUUGCAUGCAAGAAAAGUGUAGAGAUCCAUGUCCUGGUUCUUGCGGUAGCGGAGCUAUUUGCUCAGUUAUCAAUCAUACCCCGAUCUGUACUUGCGCAGACGGUUUCACUGGUGAUCCGUUCAGUUAUUGUUCACCAAAACCACCUCCACCAGUUCAAGCAAUAGAAAGCGAUCCGUGCAAUCCAUCUCCGUGCGGUUCUAAUGCACAAUGUAAUAAUGGCGUUUGCACUUGCUCUCCGGAAUAUCAUGGAGAUGCAUAUCAAGGAUGUAGACCAGAAUGUGUUUAUAGCUCUGAUUGUCCGAGAGAUAAAGCAUGUUUGAGGAAUAAGUGCGUUGAUCCGUGCCCUGGAACAUGUGGCUCAAAUGCUAUUUGUAGUGUUAUCAAUCAUAUUCCAAUGUGUUCUUGUCAACAAGGAUAUUUCGGAAAUGCUUUCGUUAUGUGCAAUCCUAUACCAGUUGAAGCACCGACGAACCUGUGCAAUCCAUCACCCUGUGGUCCCAACAGUCAAUGUAGGGAAAUAAAUGGACAAGCAGUUUGCUCCUGCGUACCAGGUUAUUUGGGUAGUCCACCGACAUGUAGACCAGAAUGUGUCACCAGUACAGAAUGUGUUUUGAAUCGAGCAUGCGUAAAUCAAAAAUGUAUAGAUCCAUGUCCUGGUACUUGCGGUUUGGAUGCAAAAUGUCAAGUUAUCAAUCAUAAUCCAAUAUGUAGUUGUCCUCCUAGAUACAGUGGAGAUCCAUUCUCUAGAUGUCUACCGAUAAACCAUAUCCCCAAUUUUAUUUCGCCAACAGUCGAAGAUCCAGGACCAGUGAUCCAAACAAACCCAUGUCAGCCCUCUCCUUGUGGUCCAAAUGCCGAAUGUAAGGUAAUAGGAGAAUCGCCAUCUUGCUCUUGCUUACCACAAUUUAUUGGCACCCCACCAAACUGUCGUCCAGAGUGUGUUAGUAACAGCGAAUGUCCUAAUCACUUGGCAUGUAUAAAUCAAAAAUGCAAAGACCCGUGCCCUGGCACGUGCGGAUUAAAUGCCGAAUGUCGGGUUGUAAGCCACACUCCAAAUUGCGUCUGUUCGGCUGGUUACUUCGGUGAUCCAUUUUUGCAAUGCACCAUACAACAAACCCCAAUUCAAGAAACUUUGACUCCGUGCAAUCCGUCUCCUUGCGGAUCCAAUGCUGAGUGCAGGGAACGGAAUGGAGCUGGAUCAUGUGUAUGCUUACGAGAAUAUAUUGGAAAUCCUUAUGAGGGUUGUAGGCCAGAAUGCUCAGUCAAUUCCGAUUGCCCAUCGAAUAAAGCAUGCAUUAGGAACAAAUGUCAAGAUCCUUGUCCAGGAACUUGCGCACCAAACGCGUUAUGUCAAGUGAUUAAUCAUCUUCCGUCUUGUACCUGCAGUCCUGGAUAUACAGGAGAUCCUUUCAGAUAUUGCAGCAUAAUUCCCCCACAACCUGUAGUAGAAGAUAUACCUUCAAACCCAUGCCAUCGAUCUCCAUGCGGUCCAAACAGUCAAUGUCGGGAAGUCAACGGGCAAGCUGUAUGUUCUUGUCUACCCGACUAUUUCGGUAGUCCACCUGGUUGUAGACCAGAAUGUACUGUAAGCUCAGAAUGUCCAGCAGACAAAGCUUGUAUAAACCAGAGAUGCGCUGAUCCGUGUCCAGGAACCUGUGGACUAAAUGCUCUCUGUAAAGUAAUAAAGCAUAGUCCUAUUUGUAGUUGCAAAAAUCAAUUCACCGGUGAUCCGUUUUCUAGGUGUUAUCCUAUACCACCUCCCCCAGUGGACAUUCCAUCUAUAAUAAUCACAAACUCAUGUGUACCGUCACCAUGUGGCCCAAACAGUCAAUGUAGAGACUCAAAUAGUUCCCCAUCAUGUUCCUGUCUACCCAAUUAUUUUGGCAGUCCUCCAAACUGUAGACCCGAAUGCAGUGUCAAUUCUGACUGCAGAAGCAGUUUGGCAUGCAUUAAUGAAAAAUGUCAAGAUCCUUGUUCAGGUGCUUGUGGAUCUGGCGCACUAUGUACUGUAGUGAAUCAUACGCCAAUAUGUACAUGCCCCGAUGGCUAUACUGGUGAUCCAUUCAGCUAUUGUAAUCCUGAACCACUUCAACCUACACAACCAGUUGAAACUGACCCCUGUAGUCCCUCACCAUGUGGACCAAAUGCUCAGUGCAAUAAUGGAAUUUGCACUUGUUUACCAGAAUAUCGAGGUGAUCCUUAUAGGGAAUGUAGGCCAGAAUGUGUUCUUCCAAGUGAUUGUUCCAGAGAUAAAACUUGUAUUAGAAAUAAAUGUCAGGAUCCUUGUCCCGGGACGUGUGGCCAAAAUGCUGAGUGCAAUGUUAUUAAUCACAUUCCGAUGUGCUCUUGUCUGCAAGGAUUUUCUGGAAAUGCAUUUUUGAUUUGUUUACCCAUCCCAGCGGAAGAUCCCAAAAAUCCCUGCAAUCCUUCACCAUGUGGACCCAACAGUCAAUGUAGAGAAAUUAAUGGCCAAGCUGUAUGUUCUUGCGUACCAGCUUUUAUUGGUAGUCCUCCAAAUUGUCGUCCAGAGUGUGUCACUAGUCAAGAAUGUAUAUUGAGUCAAGCUUGCGUAAAUCAAAAAUGUAUUGAUCCAUGUCCUGGUACAUGUGGAAUUGGUGCUAGAUGCCAAGUGGUUAAUCAUAGUCCGAUUUGCUCUUGCCCAGAAAGGAUGUCUGGUAAUCCGUUUAUCAGAUGUGUCCCGAUUAUAGAAGAAGCAGUGGUUGCUCAGCCAACUAACCCAUGCCUACCAUCACCAUGUGGGCCGAAUUCCGAAUGUAGGUCAAUUGGAGAAUCUCCAUCUUGUUCCUGCCUAGCAGGAUUUACAGGGUCUCCGCCAAAUUGUAGACCAGAAUGCGUAUCAAAUUCGGACUGCGCAUAUAAUUUAGCUUGUAUCAACAAUAAAUGCAAGGAUCCUUGCCCUGGAACUUGUGGUCUGAAUGCAGAAUGUCGUGUGGUCACUCACACGCCAAACUGUAUGUGUCUUCAAGGUUUUAUUGGCGAUCCAUUCAGGCAAUGCUUACCACAACAGCCUCAAAUUAUACAAGAAAUCAUAAGACCUUGUUCCCCAUCACCUUGUGGCGCUAACGCAGAAUGUCGCGAACAAAAUGGCGCGGGCGCUUGUGUUUGCCUACUCGACUACAUUGGAAAUCCCUAUGAGGGUUGCAGACCUGAAUGUGUCCUUAAUUCAGAUUGUCCGUACAACAAGGCUUGUCUAAGAAACAAAUGUCAAGACCCUUGCCCUGGAAUAUGUGGACAGAACGCCGAUUGCCAAGUAGUCAAUCACUUGCCCAUGUGCACUUGUAUACCUGGUUAUACUGGAGACCCGUUCCGGUUUUGUAAUAUUCCACGUCAACAAAUCUACAUUUUAGCAAUAGCAGAUGAAACUCCACCACAAAAUCCAUGCAAUCCCAGUCCCUGUGGACCCAACAGCCAAUGCAGAGAAAUUAAUAACCAAGCAGUCUGUUCAUGCCUUCCAAAUUACAUUAGUAGUCCACCAGGUUGCAGGCCUGAAUGUACUGUUAGCUCAGAAUGUGCUCUAACUAAAGCCUGUAUAAAUCAAAAAUGCGCCGAUCCUUGCCCUGGAACAUGCGGGCUUAAUGCUAAAUGUCAAGUAAUGAAUCACAGCCCCAUUUGUAGUUGUAAUGUCGGCCAUACUGGUGAUCCAUUCACUAGAUGUUAUCCAACACCUAAGCCUCUGGUACAGGUUCUAGAGCCAGUAUUAACUGAUCCUUGCCUGCCAUCUCCAUGUGGAGCCAACAGUCAAUGCAGAACCAUCAAUGGUUUGCCAUCUUGUAGUUGCCUUCCAGAACUUGUUGGAAGCCCACCGAAUUGCAGACCAGAGUGUCUCGUAAAUUCCGAAUGUAGUAGCAACAUGGCAUGCAUUAGACAAAAAUGUAGCGAUCCUUGUUUAGGAGCUUGCGGAAGCGGAGCACAAUGCUCUGUAAUCAAUCAUACUCCGAUAUGUACAUGUUCAGGAGGCUACACUGGAGAUCCAUUUAAUUAUUGCCAACUUAAACCUCAAGAAAUCGAAGCAGUAGUAACAGAUCCAUGUAAUCCAACACCUUGUGGAUCCAACGCACAAUGCGACAAUGGAAUUUGCACGUGUCUGCCAGAAUAUCAGGGAGAUCCUUACCAAGGAUGUAGACCAGAGUGUAUUUUGAAUGCCGAUUGUUCACGAAACUUGGCUUGCAUGAGGCAAAAAUGUAAAAAUCCUUGUCCUGGAACUUGUGGACAGAAUGCUGAAUGUAAUGUUGUUAACCAUAUACCCAUGUGUUCUUGCUUACCAGGUUUCAGUGGAAAUGCUUUUGUCAUUUGUGAUCGAAUCAAAAGACCAGUGCCUCAAAACCCUUGUAGUCCUUCACCUUGUGGUCCCAACAGUCAAUGCAGACAAAUCAACGGACAAGCCGUGUGCUCUUGCGUACCAGGUUUUAUUGGUAGUCCACCAACUUGUAGACCAGAAUGCGUAUCUAGUUCUGAGUGUCCCCUCAAUCAGGCUUGCUCAAACCAAAAAUGUAUCGACCCAUGUCCGGGAACUUGUGGAGUAGGGGCACAUUGUCAAGUUAUCAAUCAUAAUCCAAUUUGUAGUUGUCCUUCAAGAUUUUCUGGCGAUCCUUUUGUUCGUUGCAUACCAAUACAAGAAGAACAUAUCGUUACUCCGACAAAUCCUUGCCAACCAUCUCCUUGUGGACCAAAUGCCCAAUGUCAACCAGUGGGAGAUAGUCCCUCAUGUUCGUGCUUACCAGAAUUUAUCGGUACACCACCAAGAUGUAGACCAGAAUGUGUCAGCAAUAGCGAAUGCGCUAAUCACUUGGCUUGUAUGAACCAAAAAUGUAAAGACCCGUGUCCAGGAACUUGUGGCACAAACGCUGAAUGUAGAGUGGUCAGUCAUACACCCAACUGUUUUUGUGUAUCUGGAUUCAUUGGUAAUCCAUUCAGUUCUUGUCAUCUAUCACCUCCACCCCUAAUAGAAAAUAUCAAUCCUUGUAAUCCAUCGCCCUGCGGUGCAAAUGCUGAAUGUAGAGAGCGAAAUGGAGCCGGAUCUUGCACAUGCUUACAAGAGUUCAUUGGAAAUCCAUAUGAGGGAUGCAGGCCAGAAUGUACAACUAAUUCCGACUGCCCUGCUAAUAAGGCCUGUGUAAAUGAUAAAUGUAAAGAUCCAUGUCCUGGAACUUGUGCACAACACGCUUACUGUCAGGUAGUGAACCAUGAUCCAUCAUGUACUUGUCAACCUGGCUUUACAGGAGAUCCAUUCAGAUAUUGUAGCAUACUUCUUGAAAAACCCAUUGAAGCUGAACCAUCACAUCCUUGCCAGCCAUCGCCUUGCGGUCCCAACAGUCAAUGUCGCGAAAUUAAUGGGCAAGCAGUUUGCUCUUGUCUACCAGAAUACAUAGGUAGUCCACCUGGUUGUCGGCCAGAAUGCGUUGUGAGCACAGAAUGCGCUCGAAAUAGAGCUUGCCUAAACCAGAAAUGCAGCGAUCCUUGCCCUGGAACUUGUGGAAUAAAUGCCAAUUGUCAAGUGAUUAAUCACAGUCCGAUUUGUAGUUGUAGACCUGGUAAUACUGGAAAUCCGUUUACGAAAUGCUACCCAAUACCACCUCCCCCACCGCCACUAUUAAUUACAAACCCUUGCAUUCCAUCGCCAUGCGGGCCCAACAGCGAAUGUAGAGACCUUAAUGGAUCACCAUCUUGCAGUUGUCGAGCAACUUAUAUUGGCAGCCCACCAAAUUGCAAACCUGAAUGUACCAUUAAUUCUGAAUGCCCGAGUAAUUUGGCUUGUAUCAGGGAAAAAUGCAAAAAUCCUUGUCCUGGAUCUUGUGGUUUGAAUGCACAGUGCAUUGUUAUCAGUCAUUUACCAAUUUGCUCUUGUCGUGAUGGAUACACUGGAGAUCCAUUUAGUAAUUGUUUCAUUAAACCGCAACCAGUUAUUAUUGAGGAAGCGGAUCCUUGCAACCCCUCACCUUGUGGCGCAAAUGCCCAAUGCAACAAUGGAAUAUGCACAUGCUUGCCAGAAUAUCAAGGAGAUCCUUAUCAAGGUUGUAGACCAGAAUGUAUAAUAAGUAACGAUUGUCCCAGAGACCGAGCAUGUAUCAGAAACAAAUGUACGGAUCCGUGUCCAGGAACUUGUGGACAAAAUGCUCAAUGCAACGUUUAUGAGCAUAUUCCUAUGUGCUCGUGUUUGCCCGGAUUUACUGGAAACGCUUUUAUUUUGUGUUCUGAAAUUAGAGUGCCACCCCCUGUGAAUCCAUGUUAUCCAUCCCCUUGCGGACCCAACAGUCAAUGUAGAGAAAUAAACCAACAAGCGGUUUGCUCAUGUUUGCCAAACUACAUGAGUAGCCCGCCCACUUGUAGGCCUGAAUGUACCGCAAGUUAUGAGUGUGCAAUUAUUCAGGCUUGUGCUAAUCAGAAAUGUAUAGAUCCAUGUCCUGGUACUUGCGGUAUUGGAGCUAAAUGCCAAGUUAUUAAUCAUAGUCCGAUUUGCAGUUGUCCACCUGGACAAACUGGUGAUCCUUUUAGUAGAUGUCGACCAAUACCUAUUGAAGAUCAUCAUCCAACUCCAACAAAUCCUUGCCAACCAUCACCAUGCGGUGCUAAUGCCCAAUGCAAAGAUAUCAAUGGUACUCCAUCAUGCUCCUGUUGGCCACAGUUUAUUGGAUCUCCACCAAACUGUAGGCCAGAAUGUGCCAGCAAUAGUGAUUGCGCCAAUCACUUGGCUUGUAUCAAUAACAAAUGCAAAGACCCAUGUCCUGGCACUUGCGGACAAAACGCUGAAUGUAGAGUUAUCAGCCACACGCCUAAUUGUAUUUGUAGUCCUGGUUAUACUGGUAAUCCAUUCAGUGCUUGCAAUGUUAUACCAUUACCUCAACCAACGGAACAUGUUAAUCCUUGUGUACCAUCGCCGUGUGGCGCAAAUGCAGAAUGUAGAGUUCAAAAUAAAGCUGGAGCUUGCACGUGUUUGCCAGAAUACAUUGGAAAUCCCUAUGAAGGUUGUAGACCAGAGUGUUCUUUGAACUCAGAUUGUCCAUCGAACAAGGCUUGCAUAAAUAGUAAAUGUAGAGACCCUUGUCCAGGAACGUGUGCACAAAAUGCCUAUUGUCAGGUUAUCAAUCAUUUACCAACUUGUAGCUGUAAUGCAGGGUUCACUGGAGAUCCUUUCAGAUACUGCAAUGUUAUACCACCAGAACCUGUAGUGAGUGAUGUGCCUCAAAACCCAUGUCAACAAUCCCCUUGUGGUCCAAACAGUCAAUGUCGCGAAGUAAACGGUCAAGCAGUUUGUUCUUGUCUACCUGAAUACAUUGGUAGUCCACCUGGUUGCAGACCGGAAUGUACAAUAAGCGCAGAAUGUCCUCAGAAUAGGGCUUGUGUGAAUCAAAAAUGCGUUGACCCAUGUCCAGGCACUUGCGGGCUCAAUGCCAAUUGUCAAGUGAUUAAUCACAGUCCUAUAUGCAAUUGUAGAACUAGUUUCACUGGCGAUCCGUUUACUAGGUGCUACCCAAUUCCUAUUCCUCCUCCUGCGGCAGUUAUUGAACCAAUUAGAGAUCCAUGCUUACCAUCUCCUUGCGGCCCUAAUUCACAGUGCAGAAACAGUGGAGGCUCUCCAUCUUGCUCUUGCUUGCCAAAAUUUUUGGGAAGCCCACCCAAUUGUAGGCCCGAGUGUACAAUUAAUUCAGAUUGCUCCAGUAGCUUGGCUUGUAUCACUCAAAAAUGUAGAGACCCAUGUCCGGGAUCUUGUGGAAUUAGUGCUCAAUGUUCAGUAAUAAAUCAUACACCUAUUUGUACUUGUAUUGAAGGUUAUAUUGGAGAUCCAUUCACUUACUGCUCACCAAAACCACCACCACCUCCAGAAGCUGUUGAAAAUGAUCCGUGCAAUCCUUCACCAUGUGGUUCCAAUGCUCAAUGUAACGAUGGUGUUUGCACAUGCUUACAAGAAUAUCGAGGAGAUCCUUAUAAGGGAUGCAGACCUGAAUGCGUUUUAAACAAUGAUUGUCCAAACAACAAAGCUUGUCUAAGAAGUAAAUGUAUUGAUCCAUGUCCUGGCACAUGCGGACAAAAUGCUGAAUGUUCAGUAAUCAACCACAUACCUAUUUGCACUUGCAUUUAUGGUUAUUAUGGAAAUGCUUUUGUAUUUUGUUCAUCAAUGUCAAAACCAGUAGUUUCCAACCCGUGCAAUCCGUCGCCGUGCGGUCCCAACAGUCAAUGCAGAGAAAUUAAUGGUCAAGCAGUUUGCUCUUGUGUACCAAGCUUUAUUGGCAGCCCACCAGCUUGUAGACCAGAAUGUGUUACCAGCGCCGAAUGUGCUUUAAAUAGAGCGUGCGUUAAUCAAAAAUGUAUUGACCCUUGUCCAGGAACUUGCGGGCUAAAUGCUCACUGUCAAGUUGUAAAUCAUAAUCCAAUAUGUAGUUGUUUGGGUAAUUAUGUUGGUGAUCCAUUUGUGAGAUGCUUCCCAAAACGUAAUUAUAUUUUGUUUAAAUUGUCUCAUUUAUAUUUUCUUGAAAUGCAAAAUAUCACGCCUAAAUUAAUUUUAGCAAUUGAAGAACCCAUUCAAACGAAUCCUUGCCAACCAUCUCCUUGCGGACCCAAUUCCCAGUGCAAAGACAUCAACGGCAGUCCGUCUUGUUCAUGUUUACCAGAAUUUAUUGGAUCACCGCCAAACUGUAGACCAGAAUGCGUCAGCAACAGUGAAUGCACCUACAAUUUGGCCUGUAUAGGACAAAAAUGUAGAGAUCCGUGUCCUGGCGUAUGCGGACAAAACGCCGAAUGUAGAGUUGUAAGCCAUACUCCCAAUUGUGUUUGUGUUUCCAAUUAUGUUGGAAAUCCUUUCAUUGCCUGUUCGCCGCCACAACCACCACCAAUAAGAGAAAUAAUAUCACCAUGUUCCCCAUCACCUUGCGGGCCAAAUGCAAUAUGCAAGGAGCAAAAUAACGCCGGUUCUUGCACAUGUAUUCCAGGUUACAUUGGAGAUCCUUAUCAAGGUUGUAGACCAGAAUGUACUAUUAAUUCUGAUUGUCCGUCGAAUAAAGCUUGCGUUAACCAAAAGUGUAGAGACCCUUGUCCAGGGACUUGUGGGCAAAAUGCCGAAUGUCAUGUGCGCAAUCAUUUGCCUCAGUGUAGUUGUUUCCAUGAUUAUACCGGAGAUCCAUUUAGAUUUUGCAGUAUUGUGCAAGCAAUUGAAUCACCACCAGACCCACAAAAUCCUUGCCAACCAUCUCCAUGUGGUCCUAAUAGCCAAUGUCGUGAAGUUAACGGUCAAGCAGUAUGCUCUUGUCUGUCCGAAUAUAUUGGUGCACCACCAAGCUGUAGGCCAGAAUGUACAGUUAGUUCAGAGUGUGCUCAAAACAAAGCAUGUAUAAACCAGAAAUGUAUCGACCCAUGUCCAGGAACGUGCGGCCUUAAUUCUCGUUGUUCAGUAGUUAAUCAUAGUCCAAUUUGUAGCUGUUCACCUGGUCAUACUGGUGAUCCGUUUACCAGGUGCUACCCUAUUCCUCCACCACCACCUGUUCAAGAUAUAAUCCCCUAUAGAAACCCUUGUGUUCCAUCUCCGUGCGGACCCAACAGCGAAUGUAGAGAAAUAAAUCAAUCCCCAGUGUGUAGUUGCUUGUCCAAGUACAUUGGAGCGCCGCCAAAUUGUAGACCUGAAUGUACUAUUAACUCAGAAUGUUUAAUGAAUCUGGCUUGCAUUAGAGAAAAAUGCCGAGACCCGUGUCUCGGGUCUUGCGGUACCAAUACGCAAUGCUCUGUAAUCAAUCAUACUCCGAUAUGUACUUGUAUAGAAGGUUACACUGGUGAUCCGUUCAGUUAUUGUACUCCGAAGCCACCACCGCCACCUAAACCGGUCGAAACUGAUCCAUGUAACCCGUCACCAUGUGGGCCAAAUGCUCAAUGCAAGAAUGGAAUUUGUACAUGCUUACCAGAAUAUCAAGGAGAUCCUUACAAAGAGUGUAGGCCUGAAUGUGUCCUAAAUAGUGACUGUCCGCGAAAUAAGGCUUGUAUAAGAAUGAAAUGUAUCGAUCCUUGUCCCGGAACUUGCGGACAAAAUGCAGACUGUUCGGUAUUUAAUCAUGUACCGAUGUGUACUUGCAUCGUAGGAUAUACUGGAAAUGCCUUUACUUUUUGCUCCAAGCUCCCAGAAAUAACUCCUCAAAAUCCAUGUAACCCAAGCCCGUGCGGUCCAAACAGUCAAUGUAGAGAAAUAAACGGACAAGCUGUUUGUUCUUGCGUACAUGGAUUUAUUGGUAGUCCACCGACUUGUCGACCAGAAUGCAUUUUAAGCUCCGAUUGCGCGCUAAACAGAGCUUGUGUAAAUCAAAAAUGCAUUGACCCCUGUCCUGGUAGUUGCGGAAUAGCAGCUGUUUGCCAAGUGGUCAAUCAUAAUCCUAUUUGUAGCUGCCCACCCAGGCAAUCUGGAAAUCCUUUCGUUAGAUGCAUACCGAUAAGAGAAGACCAGGUAGUAGAACCCCAAAACCCCUGCCAACCAUCACCAUGCGGUCCAUACGCAGAAUGCAAAGUUAUUAACAACCAAGUAUCAUGUUCUUGCCAAGCAAAUUAUAUUGGUUCGCCUCCAAAUUGUAGACCAGAGUGCAUUAGCAACAACGAAUGCAACUACAAUUUAGCAUGUAUAAGACAAAAAUGCCAAGAUCCUUGCCCGGGUGUGUGCGGCACUAAUGCCAACUGCCGCGUAGUUAGUCAUACAGCCGAAUGUUAUUGUUUACAAGGAUUUAGCGGAAAUCCGUUUGUGUCUUGUGCUGUACCAUCGCCUCCACCCCCUGAAAAUACCAACCCUUGUGUACCCUCACCUUGUGGAGCGAACGCUGUAUGUAGAGAACAAAAUCGUGCAGGUUCCUGCACUUGUCUCCCCGAUUACAUUGGAAACCCCUAUGAAGGUUGUAGACCCGAAUGUGUCCUUAACUCUGACUGUCCCUCGAAUAAAGCAUGCGUGACCAACAAGUGUAAAGACCCUUGUCCAGGUGCUUGCGGUCAAAAUGCGGAUUGUACCGCAGUCAAUCAUCUGCCCGCUUGUGAUUGUGUUCCAGGAUUUACAGGAGAUCCGUUUACCUAUUGCAAACCUAUACCAGAACCAAUAAACGAAGAACAACCACCCCAAAAUCCGUGCCAACCCUCCCCUUGUGGUCCUAAUAGCCAAUGUCGGGAAGUAAAUCGACAAGCCGUUUGCUCCUGCUUGCCUCAAUAUGUUGGCAGUCCUCCAAGCUGUCGACCAGAAUGUGUCGUUAGUUCCGAGUGUCCACAAAAUAGAGCUUGCAUUAAUCAGAAGUGCGCUGAUCCAUGUCCAGGAACGUGUGGCAUCCAGGCUCAGUGUUCAGUCAUAAAUCAUAGUCCAAUAUGUAGCUGUUCGCCUGGUCAUACCGGUGAUCCAUUUACAAGAUGUUAUCUUAUACCACCUCCACCUCCACCACAGCCAACGUUUAUAGAAAGAGACCCAUGCGUACCAUCCCCUUGCGGUCCAAACGCCGAAUGUACCAACGUUGGUGGCUCUCCUGUAUGCCGAUGCCAAUCAAUGUUCUUUGGAAGUCCACCAAACUGUCGUCCGGAAUGUAACAUAAACCAAGAGUGCUCCAAUAACUUGGCUUGUAUCAGACAAAAAUGUACAGACCCUUGUCCUGGAUCUUGCGGAUUUGGCGCUCGGUGCUCUGUUAUCAACCACACACCUAUUUGCGAUUGUCCGGAAGGAUUUACGGGUGACCCGUUCACCAAUUGUGUUCCUAAACCUCCACCGCCUCCAGAACCUGUUGAAACUGACCCAUGCAAUCCAUCACCGUGCGGUCCAAACGCUGAAUGUAAUAACGGAGUUUGCACUUGCAUAUCAGAAUACCAAGGUGAUCCUUACAGAGGCUGUAGGCCAGAGUGUGUGUUGAGCAAUGAUUGCCCAUGGAAUAAGGCUUGUAUUAGAAAUAAAUGUCAAGAUCCUUGUCCGGGAACUUGUGGUUCCAACGCUGAAUGCGCAGUUGUUAAUCAUAUACCUAUGUGCAGUUGCAUUGAGGGUUAUACUGGAAAUGCUUUUGUUUCGUGCUCAAGAGUACCUGCUCCUACACCACAAAACCCAUGCAAUCCAUCACCAUGCGGUCCUAAUAGUCAGUGUAGAGAAAUUAAUGGACAAGCUGUUUGCUCUUGUGUACCAGGUUUUAUUGGUAGCCCUCCAACUUGUAGACCAGAAUGUGUAACCAGUCCAGAAUGUCCUUUAAAUCAAGCCUGUGUCAAUCAGAAAUGUAUCGAUCCUUGUCCAGGAACUUGCGGCGUUAAUGCUCUAUGUCAAGUGGUAAAUCACAAUCCUAUUUGUAGUUGUGCUCCACGUUAUACCGGAGAUCCGUUUGUCAGAUGCACUCCUAUACGUGAUGAACCAGUGCAAGUUAGAGAUCCUUGCAAUCCAUCUCCAUGCGGACCUAACUCACAAUGUAGAGAAAUUAACGGAUCGCCAUCUUGCUCUUGCUUACCUGAAUUAAUUGGUCAGCCACCAAACUGUAAGCCAGAAUGUAUAAGUAAUAGCGAGUGCGCUAAUCAUUUGGCUUGCAUUGGACAAAAAUGUAAAGACCCUUGUCCUGGAGUGUGCGGGCAAAAUGCCGAAUGCAGAGUCGUUAGUCAUACACCUAAUUGUGUCUGUCUGCCUGGUUUCGUUGGAAAUCCAUUCUCUGUUUGUUCUGAACAAGUUAUUCGACCAGUGGAAAGACCAACCCCUUGUCUUCCAUCACCAUGUGGUGCGAACGCUGAAUGUAGAGAACAAAAUAACGCUGGUGCUUGCAUAUGUUUACCAGAAUAUAUCGGAAAUCCUUACGAAGGCUGUAGGCCAGAAUGUAGCAUAAACUCUGACUGUCCCUCGAAUAAAGCCUGUAUUAGAAAUAAAUGCAUUGAUCCAUGUCCUGGAACUUGUGGACAAAACGCGGUAUGCCAAGUUGUCAAUCAUAUGCCUUCUUGUAGUUGUCUACCAUUAUACACUGGAGAUCCGUAUAGAUAUUGUGAUUUAGUACCACCUGAACCUGUAAAAGACAUCACUCCUCAAAAUCCGUGUCAACCAUCACCCUGCGGACCCAACAGUCAAUGUCGUGAAAUAAACGGCCAAGCCGUAUGCUCUUGCCUACCGGAAUAUAUUGGCAGUCCACCAGGUUGCAGACCAGAAUGUGUAGUCAGUACAGAAUGCGCACAUAAUAAAGCCUGCGUAAACCAAAAAUGUGUCGAUCCUUGCCCUGGUACAUGUGGCUUAAACGCUAACUGUCAAGUGAUAAAUCAUAGUCCAAUAUGUAGCUGUGUAGCUCAAUUUACUGGUGAUCCGUUUACUAGAUGUUACCCAAUACCUGCACCUCCACCCGAGCCUAUACCAGUGCCUCAAAAUCCAUGUAUGCCGUCGCCAUGUGGACCUAACAGUCAAUGUCGUGAGGUCGGAAAUAACCCAUCAUGUUCUUGCUUACCAAACUAUAUUGGAAGUCCACCAAACUGUAGACCAGAAUGCUCUAUUAACUCGGAAUGUCCAAGUAACUUGGCUUGCAUCCGACAAAAAUGCAAAGACCCUUGUCCAGGAUCAUGCGGUACUUACGCUCAAUGCAGCGUUAUCAACCAUAUACCGAUUUGUAGUUGUCUCGAUGGAUAUACUGGUGAUCCGUUCGCUUAUUGCUCGCCAAAACCGCCUCCGCCACCUGAACCGGUUGAAUCUGACCCAUGUAAUCCAUCACCGUGCGGAUCAAAUGCUCAAUGCAACAACGGUAUAUGCACAUGCUUGCCAGAAUAUCAAGGCGAUCCUUACAGAGGCUGCAGACCUGAAUGUGUUUUGAGCGAAGAUUGUCCUAGAACUAAGGCCUGUAUUAGAAAUAAAUGUCAAGAUCCUUGUCCUGGAACUUGUGGACAAAACGCUGAAUGUUUUGUAUUUAAUCAUAUUCCAAUAUGCUCAUGCUUGUCAGGAUUUACUGGGGAUGCAUUUGUUAUAUGUUCACCUUUACCACCGGAAAUGCCUGAAAAUCCAUGUCAACCGUCCCCGUGUGGUCCAAACAGUCAAUGUAGAGAGAUUAACGGCCAGGCUGUGUGUUCGUGUGUGCCAGGCUUUAUCGGAAGCCCACCAGCUUGUAGACCAGAAUGUAUUACUAGUUCAGAAUGUCCUCUUAACAGGGCUUGCGUAAAUCAGAAAUGUAUCGAUCCAUGUCCUGGAACUUGUGGAUUAAAUGCACAAUGUCAAGUUGUAAAUCAUAAUCCUAUCUGUAGCUGCUUACCUGGACAAACUGGUGAUCCAUUUACUAGAUGCUUACCAAUAAGAGAAGUACCAGUGGUUGUUCCAACUAACCCUUGCCAACCAUCACCCUGCGGACCCAAUUCACAAUGUCGUGACAUCAACGGGUCACCAUCAUGCUCUUGUUUGCCAGAAUAUACUGGUACACCUCCAAACUGUAGACCAGAAUGUAUUAGCAACAGUGAGUGUGCUUCCCAUUUGGCAUGCAUAAAUCAAAAAUGCAAAGAUCCUUGCCCUAAUACCUGUGGCAUCAACGCAGAUUGUAGAGUUGUUAGCCAUACACCAAAUUGUAUUUGUUUGCCUGGAUUUGUUGGUAAUCCAUUCGUGCAUUGUCUUCAGAAGAUUGAAGCUCCUGCAGAAGAAAGACCUACACCUUGUAUUCCAUCUCCAUGUGGAUCAAAUGCUAUUUGUAGAGAGCAAAAUGGAGCUGGCGCUUGUCAGUGUUUACAAGACUAUAUUGGUAAUCCCUAUGAAGGUUGCCGACCUGAGUGUACUCUCAACUCCGAUUGUCCAUCAAAUAAGGCUUGUAUAAAUAACAAAUGUAAGGAUCCUUGUCCUGGAGCAUGUGGAACCAAUGCCCAAUGUCAACCAAUCAAUCAUUUGCCUUCGUGCACUUGUAUUAUUGGAUAUACUGGAGAUCCUUUCCGCUAUUGCAGCAAUUUACCAGAACCGGUUGCUGAAGAACAACCUUCAAGUCCUUGCCAACCAUCUCCAUGCGGUCCGAAUAGUCAAUGUCGUGAAAAUAAUGGCCAAGUCGUUUGUUCUUGCCUACCUGAAUAUAUAGGUUCUCCACCGGGUUGUAGGCCAGAAUGUAUAGUAAGCUCAGAAUGUUCUGGAGAUAAGGCUUGUAUUAACCAAAAAUGCACCGAUCCAUGUCCUGGAACGUGUGGAUUGAAUGCUAAUUGCCAAGUUAUAAACCACAGCCCGAUCUGUAGUUGUUCUAGUGGAUUUACUGGAGAUCCGUUCACGAGCUGCUAUGUAACAAAAAUAGGUCCGCCUUCAACUCCGCCACCAAUAGUAAUCAAAAAUCCUUGUGUACCAUCUCCUUGUGGACCGAACUCUCAAUGCCAAGACAUUGGAGGGUUACCAUCAUGCUCUUGCCUAGUAACUUAUAUUGGUGCACCACCAAACUGUAGACCAGAAUGUACAAUCAACUCCGAAUGUCCAACGAAUCAAGCAUGUAUUCAACAGAAAUGUCGCGAUCCUUGUCCAGGAAUGUGCGGAAGUAAUGCACAAUGUAGCGUUUUCAAUCAUAUUUCCAUUUGUGUGUGUCUCGAAGGAUAUACAGGAGAUCCAUUCAGCUAUUGUCAAGUUAAGCGUCCAGAACCGGUUGUUGAGCAAGAUCCUUGCAAUCCAUCUCCUUGUGGAGCGAAUGCUCAAUGUGAUAAUGGAAUAUGCACAUGCUUGCCAGAAUAUCAAGGGGAUCCUUAUCAGGGUUGUAGGCCAGAAUGUCUUUUAAAUAACGAUUGUUCAAGAGACAAGGCUUGUAUAAGGCAAAAAUGCGUGGACCCUUGCCCGGGCACUUGCGGUCAAAACACUGAGUGCACUGUUAUUAACCAUAUUCCGAACUGCGCAUGUAUUGCUGGCUAUCAGGGCAACGCUUUUGUGGCUUGUCAGCCAAUACCACCAGAAACUCCCAAGAAUCCUUGCAAUCCAUCACCUUGCGGUCCCAACAGUCAAUGUAGAGAAAUCAAUGGACAAGCAGUUUGCUCUUGUGUACCAGGCUUUAUGGGAAGCCCACCAGCAUGUAGACCUGAAUGUGUUUCUUCUAACGAAUGUAACCUAGAUAAGGCUUGCGUCAAUCAAAAAUGUAUUGAUCCUUGUCCAGGAACAUGUGGACAAAAUGCAUUAUGUCAAGUAGUGAAUCAUAAUCCAAUUUGUAGCUGCCCAACUAGGUAUUCUGGAGAUCCGUUUACUAGAUGUACUCCAACAGUCGAAGAAGCAAUCGAUACGCAAAACCCAUGCAAUCCAUCCCCGUGCGGUCCGAACGCCCAAUGCAAAGAUAUCAACGGCACACCAUCUUGCUCGUGCCUACCCGAAUUUAUUGGAUCCCCACCAAAUUGUAGACCGGAGUGUGUUAGUAAUAGCGAAUGCGCCAACAAUUUGGCUUGUAUCAAUCGAAAAUGCAAAGACCCUUGUCCAGGAGUAUGCGGACAAAAUGCUGAAUGUAGAGUUGUUAGUCAUACUCCAAACUGUGUUUGUAACCAGGGCUAUGCUGGUAAUCCUUUCGUGAUAUGCAAUGUUAUUGAAGCUCUUAAACCAAUUGAACAAGUAAAUCCUUGCUACCCAUCACCCUGCGGAGCUAAUGCAGUAUGUAGAGAACAAAAUAACGCUGGCUCUUGUACAUGUAUCCAAGACUACACUGGCAAUCCUUAUGAAGGUUGUAGACCAGAAUGUACUCUCAAUUCCGAUUGUCCAUCCAACAAGGCUUGUGUCAGAAAUAAAUGCGUAGAUCCAUGUCCUGGUACUUGCGGGCAAAACGCUGAAUGUCAAGUAAUCAAUCACUUGCCUUCCUGUACUUGUGUUGGUGGAUAUACGGGUGAUCCAUUCAGAUAUUGUCAUGUUAUUCCACAGCAAACGCUACUCGAAGAACCACCCAAAAACCCUUGUCAACCAUCGCCCUGUGGCCCCAACAGCCAAUGUCGCGAAGUAAACGGACAGGCCGUUUGCUCUUGCCUGCCAACUCACAUAGGUUCUCCGCCAGGCUGUAGACCUGAAUGUACAGUAAGCUCGGAAUGUCCCCAGAAACAGGCUUGUAUAAAUCAAAAAUGCGCAGAUCCUUGCCCGGGAACUUGUGGACUUAGUGCGCAAUGCGCUGUAAUUAAUCAUAGUCCGAUAUGUAGUUGUUUGGCAGGAUUUACGGGAGAUCCGUUUACUAGAUGUUACGCCAUUCCAACUCCUCCUCCACAAUCUAUCGAACCAGAUGUUACAAAUCCGUGCGUACCCUCACCAUGCGGCCCUCACUCAAUUUGCCAAGACAUUAACGGAAUACCAUCUUGCUCUUGUAUCUCUAACUACAUUGGAAGUCCACCAAAUUGCAGACCAGAAUGUACUAUAAAUUCUGAAUGCGUUAGUAGACUGGCGUGUAUCAGAGAAAAAUGUACCGACCCAUGUCCAGGAUCUUGUGGUUUCGGAGCACAAUGUUCCGUUAUCAACCAUACGCCAAUAUGUACAUGUCCUGAAGGAUUUACUGGCGAUCCGUUCACUAGUUGUCACCCAAAACCACCAUCACUGGUUCAGCCGAUAGAAACUGACCCAUGCAACCCAUCGCCUUGUGGCUCAAAUGCACAGUGUAAUAAUGGCAUUUGUAGUUGUAUUGCAGAGUAUCAGGGAGAUCCUUAUGUUGGUUGCAGACCAGAAUGUGUGCUAAGUACAGAUUGUGCCAGAGAUAAGGCUUGUAUUAAUCAAAAAUGCCGCGAUCCUUGUCCAGGAACUUGUGGUCAAAACGCCGAAUGUUUUGUUAUUAAUCAUAUACCAACUUGUACGUGUCUUCAAGGAUAUAUUGGAGAACCAUUUGUACUUUGUACAAAGAUACCACCAGAAUUGCCAAAGAAUCCAUGCAACCCAUCACCAUGCGGACCAAACAGCCAAUGCCGAGAAAUUAACGGGCAAGCUGUAUGCUCCUGCGUGCCAGGAUACCUUGGUAGUCCACCAACAUGUAGACCUGAGUGUGUCACUUCCGUUGAAUGCCCUCUCAAUCAAGCAUGUCUAAAUCAAAAAUGUAUUGACCCAUGUCCAGGAACCUGCGGUUUUAAUGCCUUGUGCCAAGUGAUAAAUCAUAAUCCAAUUUGUAGUUGUCCCCCAAGGCAGACUGGUGAUCCGUUCACUAGAUGCCUACCAAUUCGAGAAGAACCUGUAGAUGUUGUUUCAACUAACCCUUGUCAGCCAUCUCCGUGCGGCCCCAAUGCUCAAUGCCGUGACAUCAAUGGUAGUCCUUCAUGUUCUUGCUUGCCAGAAUUUGUUGGGUCCGCGCCUAACUGCAGACCAGAGUGCGUUAGUAACAGCGAAUGCGCUAACCAUUUGGCUUGUAUCAACCAGAAAUGCAAAGAUCCUUGUCCCGGAAUAUGCGGCCAAAACGCUGAAUGUAGAGUUGUUAGUCAUACACCUAAUUGUGCCUGUAUAAAUGGAUAUCUCGGUAAUCCCUUCCAAAGAUGUGAUGUACAGCAAGCACCUCCUCCAGAAAUCACCAACCCUUGCGUACCAUCUCCUUGUGGUGCAAACGCAAUAUGUAAAGAGCAACGAGGAGCUGGAUCGUGUACUUGUAUUUCAGAAUUUAUUGGUAAUCCGUAUGAAGGCUGUAGACCUGAAUGUACAUUGAAUUCUGAUUGUCCAUCAAACAAAGCCUGUAUAAACAAUAAAUGUAAAGAUCCUUGCCCUGGAACCUGCGGAUCAAAUGCGGAAUGCCAAGUUAUUAAUCAUUUACCAUCUUGUACUUGUGUUCUUGGCUAUACCGGUGAUCCGUUUAGAGUUUGUUACAGAAUACCACCCAAGGAAGAACCUGUUGUAACUCCAUCCAAUCCUUGCCAACCGUCUCCAUGUGGCCCUAAUAGCCAAUGUCGUGAAGUUAAUGGUCAAGCUGUUUGCUCGUGUCUACCAACAUACGUUGGCUCACCACCAGGAUGUCGACCAGAAUGUACCGUUAGCUCAGAAUGUGCUCAAAAUAGAGCGUGUAUAAAUCAAAAAUGCGCCGAUCCAUGUCCAGGCACUUGUGGCCUUAAUACUCAGUGUUCGGUGAUUAACCAUAGUCCAAUUUGUAGCUGUUCACCUGGACAUACUGGCGAUCCGUUCACCAGAUGUUAUCCUAUACCACCUCCACCGUCCAUUCCACCACCGAUCAUCAUUGAAAACCCAUGCGUACCAUCCCCUUGUGGGCCCAACAGUCAAUGCAGAGAUAUCGGUGGCAACCCCUCAUGUUCUUGUCUAGCUCAAUACAUUGGUUCGCCACCUAACUGUAGACCCGAAUGUACAGUAAAUUCGGAAUGUUCCAGCAAUUUGGCUUGCAUGAACGAGAAAUGUAGGGACCCUUGUCCUGGAUCUUGCGGAAUCGAGGCUACUUGCCAAGUUAGGAACCAUAGUCCUGUUUGUGUGUGUCCACCUGGAUUUAUUGGUGACGCUUUUGUCGCUUGUACACCAAAACCUAUACAGCCACUUGAAGUAAGAGAUCCAUGCGUUCCAAAUCCCUGUGGUACUAACGCUCGUUGCGACAAUGGAACUUGCAGCUGUUAUCCAGAAUAUCAAGGUGAUCCUUAUAGAGAAUGUCGUCCGGAAUGUGUUAUAAAUCCAGAUUGUCCCAGGAAUAGAGCGUGUAUUAACCAAAAAUGUCGGGAUCCAUGUCCGGGAAUGUGCGGACAAAACGCUGAAUGUAGUGUGUUUAAUCAUGUACCGACUUGCGCUUGUAUACAGGGUUAUACUGGAAAUGCUUUUGUAAUUUGCAACAAGAUCAUUGCGCCUCCGGCACCAUCCGACCCCUGCAACCCUACACCUUGUGGACCCAAUAGUCAAUGCCGUAACAUCAACAGUCAAGCUGUAUGCUCCUGUUUGCCUGGCUAUAUCGGUGCCCCACCAUCCUGUAGACCUGAAUGUAUAUCAAGCGUAGAAUGUCCCUUGAACCGCGCGUGUGUAAAUCAAAAAUGCAUUGACCCUUGUCCAGGAAGUUGCGGUAUAGAAGCGGUUUGUCAGGUUGUCAAUCAUAAUCCGAUUUGUAGUUGUCCCCCGAGAUACUCUGGGGAUCCGUUUGUAAGAUGCAGAAUUGUUGCUGUCGAAGAUCGUCAACCCCCUACCCAAUCAACCCCCGCGAUGAACCCUUGCGUGCCAUUCCCCUGCGGCCCUAACGCUCAUUGUGAACCGACUCCCUUGGGAACAGCUAAAUGUUCCUGUCUGCCCAAUUACUUCGGUACCCCGCCUGGUUGUAGACCUGAAUGCGUGACCAAUAACGAUUGCGCCCAAAAUCUCGCGUGUAUUAACUUGAAAUGUACCGAUCCUUGUCCUGGAUCCUGCGGAUUGAACGCUCGUUGUCUCGUUGUCAACCACGUGCCCAAUUGUGUUUGUAAUGACGAGUUUGUUGGAGAUCCCUUCACUUUGUGUUCACCUAGACCAUCUCCACCACCGGUACUCAAGCCGAGAGAUGAUCCAUGCUACCCGUCACCAUGCGGUCCGAACGCUCGUUGUCGGGCUGAAAACAACUACGCAAUCUGCGAAUGCUUACCCGAAUACCAUGGUAAUCCUUACGAAAGUUGUAGACCCGAAUGCUUGUCCAAUUCGGAUUGUCCAAGCAACACUGCCUGCAUUCGAAGCAAAUGUCAAGAUCCUUGUCCGGGUACUUGCGGUGUAAAUGCCGUUUGCAGCGUAACCAAUCACGUACCAGUUUGUACUUGUCAACAAGGCUACACUGGAGACGCUUUCAGAUAUUGUAGCUUUGUGAUUGAAGAACCCCCUCGAGAUCCAUGUAAUCCGUCACCUUGUGGGCUCAACACUAUCUGUCGCACCUCAGGAAAAUCGUCAAUAUGCGAAUGCCUGUCAGGAUUCUUCGGAAAUCCAAAUUUGGGCGGUUGUAAACCAGAAUGUACUAUCAGUUCGGACUGUCCAAGAGACAAGGCUUGCGUGAACACUAAAUGCGUUGAUCCAUGUCCUGGAGCAUGCGGCUUCAAGGCUGUAUGCAACGUUAUCAACCAUAGUCCAGUUUGUAGUUGUCCACAACCAUUUAUUGGCGAUCCAUUCACACUUUGUACAGAACCGGUUGUAGAAGAACCUAGCGACCCAUGCAACCCGUCACCUUGUAGUGUAAACGGCCAAUGCCGCGUUGUUAAUGGAGCACCCACUUGCGCCUACCCAGAAUGUGUUAUCAAUCCAGACUGUCCAAGAAAUAAGGCUUGUUACUUCCAGAAAUGCCAAGAUCCUUGCAGAGAUGCUUGCGGUCUUAACGCACUGUGCCAAGUUGUGAACCAUCAACCAGUUUGCACUUGUCCACCUGGGUUUACUGGAUCAGCUGAAGUUCAGUGCAGAUAUGUAGUACCAGAUCAUCCCAAACCUCAAGUAGAAUGUACUCAAGACUCAGAUUGUACCAAUGAUAAGGCAUGCAUUGACACUCGCUGUCAAAAUCCAUGCUCAACGGCUUCUUGCGGUCGGAACGCCGAAUGUCGUCCACAACUUCACCGCGCUGUGUGCAUAUGCAGAGAUGGAUAUACCGGAAAUGCACAACACGCUUGCGUUGAGCUUGGCUGCCGAUCCGAUUCUGAUUGUGCUCCACAGUAUGCUUGCGUGAACCGAGAUUGCGUCGACCCGUGCUCGUACACAUCUUGCGGUAUCAACGCUUUAUGUAGAGUUGAUGGCAAUCACAAAACCAAAUGCUAUUGUCCAGACAGAUUCUUAGGAAACCCAUUGGUGCAAUGCGAACGACCAGAAUGCAAUAUAGACGAUGAGUGUCCUUACAAUUUGGCUUGCAGAAACGAACGCUGCCAAGAUCCAUGUAAUUGCGGACUAAACGCCAUUUGCAAUGUCAUCAACCAUAGAGCUCAAUGCUCUUGUCCACCGGGUUAUAUAGGCAAUCCUUUAAGUUCUUGUAGAAUCGAGGAACGUAAAUCACAGCCUCAAUGUAAGAUGGAUUCGGAUUGUCCUAGCAAAUUGGCAUGCUUCAAUGGUGUAUGUAAGAAUCCAUGUGUAGAAACCAAACCAUGUGGUAAAAAUGCUGAAUGCGUGGUAGUUGAUAGUUUACCCCUUAGAACGAUGUCUUGCAUCUGUCUGCCAGGUUAUAUUGGUGAUGCUGAUGUAGACUGCAAACUAGCUCCUCAAGACGAACCGGGUUGUAAAUCGAACCAAGACUGCUCCCAAAGCGAAACCUGCAUCAACAGGCAAUGUGUUAAUCCAUGCGUCAUUGGAAGUCCAUGCGCUCCUACUGCUGAAUGCCAAGCCACUAAUCAUAGAGCUCUAUGCAAGUGCCCUACUCCUCUCAUUGGAGAUCCAUUUACAAGAUGCUACGAACUGACCAAACAGCCUAAACCGGAAUGUGUUCAUGAUGGUGAAUGCUCGAAUGAUAAAUCUUGCAUCAAUCAAAACUGCCAAGAUUCUUGUGCCCUAGCUAAUCCUUGUGGUACCAACGCUAAGUGUCUAACAAAAAUUCAUAGAACAAUUUGCGAGUGUCCCAAUGGAUGGGUAGGAAAUCCACAGGUUUUCUGCUACAAACCUGAAUGCAAGGUAGAUGAUGACUGCCCAUACGAUAAAGCUUGUCUCAACAAAAACUGCCUCAAUCCGUGUGCUAAGAUAUUUUGCGGACGUGGAGCUGACUGCAUAGCCCAGAAUCACCGCAGUCAAUGCCAAUGUCCUCGAGGAACUCAAGGGUACCCACUUCUAUCGUGUAUUACUGGUCAAUGUCAAUAUAACGAGGACUGUGCUGACCAUGAGGCUUGUGAUCGUCUUAACCGUGUCUGUCGACCAGUCUGCGAUGACGAAACCUGCGCUGUCAGUGCUUUAUGUAUUGGACAAAAUCACCAACCUAAAUGUAACUGCCCAAUCGGAUCUGUUGGCAAUCCAUUUGUCGAAUGCAAACCACCUACAAAACCAGAAUGUACUGUAGAUUCUGAUUGUCCAUCUCAACUUGGCUGUAUCAAUGAACUUUGCCUCAAUCCAUGCCACCAGGGGAAUAUGUGCUCGAUAGAACAAGAAUGUCGGGUUGUAGAUACACUUCCAGUACGCACUAUAAUGUGCGCUUGCGGUCCAGAUCAGAUAAUUGACGAUUCGGGGCAUUGUACAGCAAUCGUCCGCGAAAAGCCGCAAUGUCAACGCGAUACUGAUUGUGCCGACGCAGAAAAAUGCUACAGAGGAAGUUGCGUUGACGCCUGCCGAUUAGAUAAUUGCGGAGUAAAUGCUAUUUGUCGAGCUGCAAAUCAUUUAACUCAAUGUACUUGUGCGCCAGGAUACACUGGAAAUCCCAGAAUAGAAUGUACUAACGAACCGAGAGUUACAUAUUUACCAGAACCUGAAUGUACUAGCGACGACGAAUGUUCUUUAGAUAAGGCUUGCAUUAAUAGUAUGUGCGUGAAUCCAUGUAGAUUAGAUAAACCUUGCGGUAAUAAUGCUUUUUGUUCUGUCAACCAUCAUCAACCAAUAUGCAGAUGUCCAGAAGGAUACAUCGGAAGGCCUGAAGUUGAAUGCCUAGCACCUCAAACGGCUCUUGCCAUUGGGUGUACUACAAACACUGAGUGUCCUCUUAGUGAAUUCUGCCUCAACAAACUCUGUAUUAGCCCAUGCAAUUGCGGACCAAAUGCCGACUGUAAAGUAGACAACCACUACGCCACUUGCUUCUGCAAAGCUGGAUAUUCUGGCAAUCCACAAACUGGAUGCGUUAAAUUGGGAUGUCAAUCAGACAACGAAUGCGCUGACGACCAUCAAUGCUACAACAGGCAAUGCAUUAAUCCUUGCAUCCUCAGCGAUCCUUGCGCAAGAAAUGCUGAAUGUUUCGGACGCAACCACAAAGCAAAUUGCAGAUGUCCGCCUAGCUAUAAUGGCGAUCCAUUUGUCCGAUGCGAGAGACUUGAAUGCUAUUCCAGCCAAGACUGCCCGAGCAAUCGCGCGUGUUUACAAAGCAGAUGCGUUGAUCCUUGUUCGCCUAUAGCCUCCCCACAAUGUGCUCAAAACGCUGUUUGCAAUGCUCAAAAUCAUGGAGCUGCCUGUGUAUGUCCAGAUCACUUACCUGAUGGUAAUCCUUUGGCUUACUGCUUACCAAGAACGCCAAUAGGCAAGCCAGUAUGUGUUUACGAUUCUGAUUGUCCAAGUAAAUUGGCUUGUAUUAGAGAUCAAUGCGUCAAUCCAUGUGAGAGUAUAUCUCCGUGUCAUCCGACAGCAAGUUGUAGUGUUAUAGAUACAACGCCAGUGAGAACUAUGGCUUGUACUUGUCGGGAUGGAUGGGUGCCAAAUGAUAAUGGUGAAUGUCACGCGAUAUUAAUUCCAAUCCCUCCUGGUUGCAGCAAAGAUGAUGAUUGUCAAUCCAAUGAAGCAUGUAUUAACAGAGUUUGUAGAAAUCCAUGCGAUUGUGGCAUCAACGCUAUUUGUGACAUCAGAAACCACAAACCGAUAUGUUCAUGUAAAGAAGGUUUCGAAGGCAAUCCUAAUAUCGCUUGCCGAACAAUUGGUUGUAGAAUAAACUCAGAAUGUGACUCAGGAACGGCUUGCAUUAAUAGUCAAUGCGUUAGUCCUUGCUUGGUUAAAAAUCCUUGCGGUACUAAUGCUGAAUGCUUCGUUAAUCAAAAUAAUCCAGAAUGUAGAUGCCGCAGUGGUUUUAGAGGAAAUCCUUACGAAAGAUGUUUGGUCGUUGGAUGUGUUUCUAACAGUGAAUGUCCCGAUGAUAGACAAUGCAUCAAUGCUCAGUGUAUAAAUCCUUGCCUAUAUGACAAUCCAUGCUCCCCACGCGCUGAAUGUCUUGUACAAAACCACAUGGCUCUUUGCAAGUGUGCUCCAGGUUUAAUCGGUAAUCCUUAUGUAGAUUGCAAACCAGAACCGCAACCAGAAUGUAGAGAAGAUGGUGAUUGUCCAGCACUUCUAGCCUGUAUAAACAGCCAAUGCCAAAACCCAUGCUCUGUAAUCCAACCGUGUCAAAAUCCAGCCAAAUGCAAUGUAGUCAACUCACUGCCAGUAAGAACCAUGAACUGCGUAUGUCCCCCAGGAUAUAUUAGCAGUGGUAGCGGUACUUGUAACCCAGUCACUGCCAUUAUCAAGACUGCCUGUAUCUCUGACAGCGAAUGUCCUUCAGACAGAGCAUGUUUCAAUGGAAUAUGUCGAAACCCUUGCAAUUGUGGUCCAAAUGCUGAAUGUCGUAUCAAAGACCACAAACCAAUAUGCGCUUGUAAACCAGACUUUGAAGGAAACCCAGAAAUUAGCUGUAGGACGGUUGGAUGUAGAAAUCACGAUGAAUGUUCACCUCAGCAUACUUGUGUUAACAGACAAUGCGUGCCAGUAUGUCUGCCAGACAAUAAACCUUGUGGACAAAACGCUACUUGCUAUGGAAACCAUCACAGGGCCAUUUGUGAGUGUCCUCCAGGACGUAUUGGUAAUCCAACAGAUGCCUGCGUUUUGGUAGGAUGUAGAUCAGACUCAGAAUGUCCAUCUAACACUGCCUGUAUAAACAACGAAUGCGAUAAUCAGUGCGAAAAAGCCAAUCCGUGUGACGCACCAGCAGAAUGCAAAACUUUCAAUCACAUUACUGAGUGCGUCUGUCCGCCAGGAACUGUCAGCGACGGAAAGAUGGGAUGCAUUAGACCUGAAACUGGUUGUACAUUCGAUCACGACUGCCAAUCAGGGCUUGCUUGCAUAGGAAACGAAUGUGUUAAUCCGUGUGCUACAACUGAACCCUGCGGUAUUAAUACUGUAUGUAAAGUUGUGGAUACAGAACCAGUGAGGACGAUGCUUUGCGAAUGUUUGCCUGGUUAUCACGGAAAUGCUGCCGUUAAAUGCGAUAAAGUUCCUGCCAUUGGAAGACAAUGUGAUAUCCGCAAAGGUUACGUUCGUACACCAGCCGGAGACUGCAUUUGUCAACACAAUACAGCCCUAAACGAAAACGAAGAAUGCGUGCCAUGUCUGCCUGAAAAAGGCUUCACGAUCGACAAGGAUGGUCGAUGCGUAUGCGACUUGGAAAAAGGACUUAUCGUUGACGAACGCGGAAAUUGCGUUUGCCCCAUAGAAUUUGGAUAUCGCCUCGACGUUAGAGGUAACUGCGUACCGGUUAAAGGACCAGAAUGUGAAACGGACGACGAUUGCCCAGAUUUCAAAUAUUGCAACCCCAACACCAAAACUUGCGAUAAUCCGUGCGCUAAAAAACGUUGCGGAGUUUACGCUCUUUGCAACGCUACCAACCAUCAAGCUGUUUGCCAAUGUGUAAAUGGUUAUACAGGAAAUCCUGAUAAAUAUUGCAAUUACACUUCACCCUACAGAACUGAUUUCCCUAAACCCGACAUGAUGGUUAGCUGUCUCUCAGACGGUGUCCAAGUGGAAAUUCUAAUCAACGAACGAGAAGGAUUCAAUGGAGUCCUUUACGUUAAAGGACAUAGCAAAGACGAACAAUGCAGACGAGUUCUUACACUGCCACCCAACUCGGUUUCUAGAACUGAAUUGUUCAAGGUUCAGUUCGGAAAUUGUGGUUUGAUACAUGUCAAUGGAAAAGCCAGUUUCGUAUUAGUAAUCCAGAAACAUCCAAAAUUAGUCACCUACAAGGCUCAAGCCUAUCACAUACAGUGCGUCUAUCAAACUGGCGAGCAAAAUGUCACUCUAGGCUUUAACGUUUCAAUGUUAACGACUGCCGGAACUAUUGCGAACACUGGACCUCCACCUACUUGCCUGAUGAAAAUCGUAACCCCAACUGGUCAGGAGAUUAAUUCAGCAGAAAUCGGUGAUAGUCUUAUUUUACAAGUAGACGUACAACCCGGAUCGAUUUAUGGAGGUUUUGCCAGAAGCUGUGUGGCAAAAACCAUGGAAGAUUCAGUCGAAAAUGAAUAUUUGGUAACAGACGAAAACGGUUGUGCUACAGAUCCCUCGAUAUUUGGCGAAUGGGAAUACAACCCCGACACACAGAGCUUAUUGGCGACAUUCCACGCUUUCAAGUUCCCGAGCAGCGAUAAUAUCCGAUUCCAGUGUAACAUUAGAGUAUGCUUUGGAAAAUGCCAACCAGUUAAUUGCCGAGGGAGCGACGCGUUCGGCAGAAGAAAGAGAGCCGUUAAGGAUAACGAUAAUGAUACAGACAAUUUGCUGUCGGGACAACUGAGGGAAGAAAUUACCAUACAAUCGAAUGCUAUCCUUACUUUAGAAAGAAGAGAAGAAAGAUACACAGAUACCUCGUUGUCUCCAGACGCCCAAAGGUCAGAAGACAUCUGUGUUUCUAUGAUUGGAUUUAUAAUAGCCUUAAUCAUCACUGCCCUUUUGGCCUUGGUUGCUGUGGCAGUGGCGGUGUCCUGUUGGUUAAUGGCGUACCGUCGAAGGCCCAAGUCCACUGGACCACUUCCGCAUCCGCCGGAGUUCCCGAACCCGUUAUUUACAACACCAGAACCCAUGGCCGAACCAAGCCCAGACUACCUCACGUAAUCGCAACAAGAACAAAACUAGCCUUAGAUUUUAUUUAAUACUCCUUAAAGUGUGUUUUUUUACCAUGAUAGUGACUACAUUAUAUUGAAUCUCGAAAGUUUAUAUUUUAAGCAACGAAUACUCGACGAUUUUUUUUUAUUUAUAUUUCUAUUUUUGUAUAUUAUUAUUUUUUCGAGAGUUCGUGAGAACACUGCAGGUUCUUGUAUCCGUCCCUCAAAGCUACUCACUUGUUAUUUAUACUGCCAGAAGAACCUGCAGUUCGAAACGGACCCAAAACGUAGUAAAUAGAAUUUUAGAUAAAAUAUUUGACUCAAAAGAAUGUUCGUACGCUGACAGUACACUAGUUACAAUUUUUGAGAUAUUUAUACACGAUUGGUCAGCUGACGACCAUUCUCACUAUCUUUUCCAUAGGCUAUAGAGAUUUUUACAUGAUCAAGGGUUUUUUUUUUUCAUUAAUGGUGGUGGUUCUAUAUUGCUUUAACAAAAAUUCUUAACUGAUUCAAUAAUAAUCCCUUGAAUCUGAUUUCUUUUGUACAUAAAAAUACGUUUUUUUCCUGAAAAAUAGCCUCUGGAAGACAUAGUAUUUUGUAAGACUAUACAUAUAUUAUAUGACCCCCCUGUAUAAACUGCGUGAAUGUGGAUGAAUGUUGGGAGCUGGAAGCUCCUUUACUAGAUAUUUGGUGCUGACUGAUAUAUUCUUUAAAAAACAAACAGUCAUUUAGUCAAUCUUCUUUUUUAAGUGUAAUUAUUUAAAUGUAAGUCUCGAGGAGACAAAAAUAUUUUGUAAGUAACCAAAAAAUUGACUCAGCUGAAUUUUAUUAAUCAUCUCAUUUGUCUAUGAAUUGUUAAAAAAAAAAUUAUUGUACUAAUUAAUACAUUAUUUAUAAUUUCGUCUCCUUUAAAAAAGAAUUAACGAUGAUUCCUUAAUUGUCAUAUUUGUGAUAAUCGCUUCUUUAAUAAAAUACUAUUUAAUAAUAUUUUAUUGUUAGUUUGUUUGAAAUUUCUUCCUUUUCGUGUCGAGAGUUCUUCGAACAUCGCUAAUCAACUGAUCCUUUG